AUGGAAGUAAUAGCGGAGCGAAUCGGACCCUCUGCAAAACGCGGCCAAAGCAGCCUCGGGUGAGUAGCGAGCAGCGGGGCGCGCGUUCAGAGAUACCUCGGGGUAGGUUUCGCGCGAGCGCCGUUCCGUAGUAUUAUUUUUUUUUUAAAGCUUUUGGGAAAAGGUCGCAGAGGCGAGGAGGGUGCCUAAAGCGUGGAACACUUUUUGUGCGCGUGUGAACGCAGCCGCGAUUCACACCGGAUGUGUUAUUAAUUAUUAAAUCAUUCUUAUUAUUCUGCAACACCGAUACUAUUAAUGCUCCCACUGCCAACCUAAAGAUUUUGAACUAGAUGGUCGCCAACAUUCGUGCCAUGUCUACUCAGAAGUAAGUCCCACUGGAACUUGCUCCCAGCUGCAAUCCUAUAUUAAGUUCACCUGGAAGCAAGCCUCCUUGAGCUCAGCGGGACUUACUUCUGAGUAGACAUGUACAGGAUUGCGCUCUGAAUGAACAGCUCCCAGUUUUACUCGGGGCCUUUAUUUUUUAGAAAAAUGGGUUUCUACAUCCUAGACUCCCACGCUUAACUUUUUGCAGGAUCGCAGCCCUGGAAAUACUGUAGCGGUUCUCCCCACCUCCCCUCCCCGCAAUCCCCUGGGCUGACAUCCACAAACCACUUGUCUACCCCUAAACACCAAUGCUACCCACACCGUCCUUAGGAACAUAACUUUGCCUUCCGGUUCUCCGCAUCUUUAUUCGGAAUAAAGUCUCACUUGCAUAGAGCUUACUACUGGACUCCCAAGUGAGCGUGCGUAAGGAUCGCAGCCCUGACCUCUUGACAGCCACAUCAGCUCGUCAGCAUAUCCCAUAAUACAGGCGCGGGGAGGGCGGGUUAAAUGGUCGUCCCCCCGCCUAUUAAAAGCACCCAACGAAUUGUCACCGGCGCCCGCCCGCUUGCAUGUAAUGCGUAAAGUUGGCUGGCCAACUGCCUUUCUUCUAUUGCGCCCCAAAAAAUGGUUCCAAAUGAGAAAUGGAUAGCAAUGAAAUUAGUUUUGUCUCUCUCAUCUCUCGCUCCCGUGUUCCGUGAUCAAUUGAUCAGCGUUAUUUGCCCACCGCCUUUCCUAGUCUUUUCCUGGAGGGAGAGAAUUUACUUAGGGGGUUGGAGAAAACAGAGCCAAGAGGGCGAUCGCUUGCAAAGGCUACUUUGUUUGGAAAUGGAUUUUUUGGGGGGGAGAGGCGCACCUCUUUCUCUCUCGCCCCCUCCUCAAGAUCCCCAAGCCAAAUCUUCCCACUCCACAGACAGUUGACAAGGAGAGCUAUCUGUCUGGCUGUGUGUCUACUUUCAGAUUUCCCCCUGAUUGAGCGGGGGGGUGGGAGAGAAAAGAGAGUUGGGUCAAGAGCCUCUUGGCGCCAGGAGUUUGAAGUGUCCACAAUUAAAAAGCGACAAGACAAAGGAGUUUAAAAAAAUAAAUAGAGAGAAGCAUUUAUGUCCCCCAAAUUCUGGGAAGUUAUUCCGGGCCCCCCUUUUCUCCCUUCAAGUGGGAGAGGACCCAUAAGCCCGCGAUGGGAGCAGCAGCCGCGCUUGCCCAGGCUGUGGAAUCAUGUGCUCGCCUGACCCCUAGAUGGCCGCAUCUAAUCAGCUUCUGAGAGACUCAGCAAGGCCAGCUAGUCUUUCGCAGCUCCUCGGCUGCGUGGGGAGAAGGGGGAGGGGAGCAACUCCGCGCAGACACGCACAGGGUCCCCAAGCCCAGUCCCCAACUGGGCGGGUCGAGAUCUAUGGAGCAACAGGCGCCUUAGGUCUCCUCUCCAUCGUUCACGCAAAGCACGCGACUUUUCUCAAAGAAUCCCGAGGACGGUACUAUAGUUUACAUGGCACAGAGCUAUAGUACCCAGUACACUUAACAAACUACAGUUCCCAACUUUUCUUAACAAGCGAGAGCUCCCGAGAUUAUUUUGGGGGGAGAGGGAGCCUCGCGCCUCGCGUGUGUAGCGUGGCCUUAGCUCUCGCCCCGAGGAGCUUACAGUUAACGGUGAGCAUUUUGGAGGGAAUGAACUGGAGGGGGGAGGGAAUUAAUAAUAAAUAGGAUGCGGAUAAUGAAUAUGAGCAAAAAAUGAAAACGACAGCGGAAAGAGGGGAAGUGAAAAGGCAUUGGCCCCACCCACCCACCAGAUACAACCCUUAAUUCGCAGCAGAGAAAUUGGGGGGGGUGCGCUGUUUGCAGCAGCCAGAUAACCCCUCCUUUUUUUCUUCUUUUUUUCCGAGCGCCUAAUAUCCCGUUUGAGUCUGAUGAGGCUACGAUCCUAACCACACUUACUGGGAAGUAAGUCUCAUUGAACUGAACAGGGCUUUCUCUGAAAUAGACACGCCUAUAGGAUUGCUCUGUGGCGAACUCUUUGCCUGCCCCCUCCCACCCGUCAGCCAGUAAACAUUUCCGUUUACAGUGCCUUUGACUUAGUUGCUCCAGUGCAGACGCUUCCUGAGCCCCCGGAUCUGUUUGAAAAAGCCAGACCUCAUCCCCACAAGAUGUUGAGCACCGAGGCAGCUGGUUUCUCUGGACAUGGACAGAGUGCAUUUCAAGUGACCCCCAAGGUGUUAUUAUUACAAGCCCGCACAUUUAUUGUCUUAAAGGAGCGAGGCUUCUGGGGGGCGGGGGGCUCCUCCAGCCUGCCUGUGUUGACCCCGGUACGUGUUUUGUUUUGUUUUGUUUUUUAAGGCUCAAGAAGUAGGCAGGCUUUUUACAGAAUAUAUUCUCUUUAUGCGUGUGUUUGAGAUGGUCUGUCACGCACACACUCUCUCGUCUUCUCCGCAGCCCAGAGAAAAAUCAUAGGGAACCGCCUAAUACCGAGUCAAACCAUUGAUCUAUCGAGCUCCAUGUUGCCAACACUGACUGGCAGCAGCUCUCUAGGGCUUCGGGCAGAGGGGGCAUUCCCUCUCCUAUCGGGAGAUGCCUGGAAUCGAACCUGGGACCUCCUGCAGGCAAAGCAGCUUCUCUACCCCUGACCUACAACCUUUCCUUUCCGGAGAACAGAGAGAAAGCCAUAUAUAUAUAGAUCGGGUGCAAGUAGGCGAAUGUACUAGUCAGAACAGGGUCCAGACGGUGCUUAUGCAGAUUUUUCACCCUCUCAUUUCCCCCACCCAUAUUAUACUGUCACUAAUCCAAAACAUCCGCCCUGCAAGGUAGGGCACCAUUACUACCAUGUUGCUGAUGGAGUGAGACAGAGAGGGGCCAAAAACCAAAUCAGAAGCCAGAUUUGAACCAUGGUGGGCUGAGGGGCUCACUACCGCAAAGCCAAUUCAGUCACUGAUUGGUAAAAUUCAGAUUCUGCAAGGGGCUUAUGACAGCCAGGUAAAGGUGUUCAAAUUAAGACUCUGCUCCCCCAGCCCAGUUACCAAGCAAGGGUAAAGAGACUGGGGCUCCUACAUCUUUAGUAGCAAGCUGCAGCUGCCGAAAGUCCAUUUUCUACCCAGCUAUUGAAGGUGCAGGAGUCCCGGCCUCCUUGCUGAUAUUCCUGCUGCCUCUUCCUGAAUUAAACCCCAUCACCCCCAACUCCCUUCUCAGCUCUCUUGCUCCCUAUAGUGCAGAACAGGAGGUGGACCUCAGCUAUAAAGGGGGAGAAAAUCUUCCCAAAUACCAAGCAAAGGUCCAUGAUAGCAACAGGCAUAUUGAUAUUAUUAUUAUUAUUAUUAUUAUUAUUAUUAUUUAGUGCUAAGGAAUGAUUUGAGGAAAGGGAGUGCAAAAAGGGAGUAGUUUUAAAACUGGGAGCAAGGUUGAUGUUCUUUUUAGUGGUAGCGAUGGCACCUGCUUGCUCAAGGUACCCCUUGAUUUGAAAAUGAUAGAUCCCAAUAUUCCCCCUCCCGCGCGCAUUUUAAACCCACGUGUAAAUAAGCCACCGAUUGCGUGGCUUUUUGCAACGCGAUUUCUGGCUUUGCUGUCUAUGGGCGGGGAAGAGAAGGGCAGUUUGAGCGAGAUGUUAGUCUUGUUAUCUUUCUGUUUUGUUUUCACCAAAGAGAGGAGAAGGAGGAGUCCCUUAUUAAACGUGGACAAAGUCAACCAGCAUCUAGAGAAGCAUCAGACCCUGUAGGGGCCAGCCCACCCCUUCCAAAAUACACCCCUUUCCUUACAAUUUUAUCCCGAUUCCAGGCUGUUACGGAGAAAGGGAGAACCUACAAACGUGCCCGAUUCUAGCUUCGCUUCCCCGGAAAUAAGCGCCACAACACACAGAGGUCAGAGGUUGCUAUUCGCAAGGAAAGCGCGCUCAGGAUCACAGCCUGAAAAAAAGGGGGGAAACAACUUUUGCCCAUAAUUCAUUUUUAACUUUCAGGAAAGGGUUUGUCGGGUGCUGGUGAGAAAUAAAGAAGAUACAGACUCGGUACCUAUUCGUGCUCAAAGCAUACCUGCGACACGAUCCAGCCAAACAAACAACUCUAAUAAAUACCUCACUGGUUUCAACAACAGAACUGUAAACGCUCGCUUGCUUCUUUUGCCCGGCAAAAUCCAUGGGUGUUCGCGGCUCGCUUGGGGCAGGAUCUUGCACUUAGGAUAAUAUCCUUCCCAGUUGUCAUUUGCCGGAAGUAGAUCCCAGAGGUCUCUCUCCCCACCCCCCACCACGCAAAUGGGGCUUGCUUAACUGCGCAGAGGAUCGCGGUGGGGGAGGAGGGCGAGGGAAUCCCACCCAACUCUCUGGUAAGCGCAGGCGAUGGGCCAACUACAGAAAAUGUCCUCAGUGGGUUAUGAAAGAAAAAUGAAGUAAUUUAGACAACAGCAGCCAUAUAUAUAAAUACACACGCACACGCACACACAUCUCCCAAGGAUGCUAAACUUGGUUUUGAAACCCAAGCAGGAAGAAUCACCUGCAACCAUGUCAAACAUGACAGGAACUGGAUUAUAUAAUGCAUCUGCUUUCUACUUCAUUUCAUCCAUGAACUGAAUGGGGUGGGAGGUGGACGUAGAAAAGGAAAACUGGACCCUUGAUCUGAUAACAUUUGGAGUUUAAGCUCACCAGUGGAAGUUUGAACCAACAUCUACGCCUUUACGCUCCAUGAGAAGAACCCAAAAGUUCACUUUUUACGUCUUAAAAUAAUUUGCUAUUUCCCCCCCUUGAUUAUUUUUUUAAAUAUAAAAAUCAACUGCUUUUUUUCCUCUUUCGUGAUUGGUAUACAAAAUUAAAUGUUAUGCUCCAUGUUUUUGGAACGUUCGUGCUUUCCCCAGUAUUACAUUACACACACACUCCCCGCACAAAUACACAAACACACAUAUAUAUUCCCCCUUCGUGUGUGUGUGUGUGUGUGUGUGUGUGUGGAGAUAAACAAACGGAAAUCUAACAUGCCCAAUCUAAUCGGCCCAGGAAUUGUAGUCUCUUGCUGCAGGUUAAGCUUGCAAUCCAAUACUGUACCCAUUUGCCUGAGGGUAAGCCCCAUUGAACUCAGUGCGGCUUGCUUUGAGUAGACCCGUAGAGGAGUGAUCUUCGUGCGUGUAUAUUCUUUGGAGCUGUCCCCCCCCCCCCACUUUUAAACAAGCAUUGUAUUAUGCAUAGAAUGUAUGCGGAUUUAUUUGUAGAUUCCUCGUAUCCCGCACGUACAUCUGCGUGCGUGUGCACGACGGACACAACGCACACCAUGUUUAAAUACGAGGUGGGGGCUUAUCUGGAAAUGAAGGGAGAGAGUUUGCUUUAAGCCUCAGGUCGAUUCCGGUUAUCAGGGCAGUGGGAUGGAGUUUAAAUGGGGGGAAGUUCUGGAGCCUUGGAUCUCCCCCCCCCCAACCCCAGCGAAUAUACAAAGUUCAGUUUCCAGCCAUUUUCUAUAUUAAGCUUCCCUUAAUCCCCCAACAAGCUGGAACAUCCCACUUUGCCCCCCCCUUUUCCCAAGUGCAUUUUGAUCUAAUAAUUUCCUUGCUAUUCCUUUCUCUCUCUCUCUCCCCUUCUGCAACCUUCUGGGACUGGUUAUCUUUUAAAUAACUUAUCUUGUCGACUUCCUUCCCCGAUCCCUCUCCAUUCCCCGCCCCCCGCCGCAAUUCUCCUAGUAAAGACUGAAAAAGAGAAAGCGGGGGGGAGAGAAUUGGCACAGAUUUAUUUCCACUUGCUUCGCUUAUGCCUUUAACCCCUGUAUUUUCCAGGCGGGAUAAGUGCUGCGAGGCGGGGGGACGGGGGGACGGGACGACGACACACUCUUCCUAUCGGGAAGCUGAGACCCCCAUUUUCCCCAGAAAGGUUUGCAAUGGAUUUCUCAGUCCUCUUUCACAGCGAAGAAUAAUUACAUUCAGAUAAAACAUCCAGGCUGAAAAUCAAGACCACUCUACAUCUGUGUGAGUGAGGGAGGGGGUGAAAAACACGGUAGGAAAAGAGGGAAAGAUAAAUAUUACGGAUGAGAAAUCCUGCUUGGGUUUCAAAGCAAAAUUUAGCAUCCUUGGAGAUAUCCAUAAUCACACCUUUAUAACACCCUAACAUCGUUUCCAGGUUUUGUUCUGUUUUAAUUGUGUAGAAAUAAACAGCAGCAGCAGCUAAGGGUGUGUGAAUUAACGAGGGAGAAGGAGCGAUCGCGGGGGAAAUGGAAACACAAGCCAAUAUUCCCGAAAAUGAACGUGAAGACGCGUGUGUGUGAAAUUAUGAGUAGGACGCAUUAAUUUGAAAGGAAGAAAUCCACGGCUGGAUGAAUGAGGGAGAGAGGUGUUUUUUAAAUAUAUAUUUUUUAUCAUUCUUUCAAAGGGAGAGAUGGGGAGCGGAGUGAAAUGGAUCCCUAAAACGUUACGAAAGGAGAUGCGUAACAAGCAAAACGAGGAUUUAUUAUUAUUUCCCCACAGACAAUUAAAAACGCUGCUUGAACUUUAGGAGAAAGCUGCUCUGGCUAAACAUCUGCCCACCCCCCAGCAGGUCCCUGUCCUGUCCUCCCCCCCCCCGUUUUCUCCCCCUCCCCCCCACCAUGCGCCCCCUUUCAUCUCGACCCAUCUCCUCUCUCCAUCCCUCGUCUAUUUUUAGCCACGCAGACUCCGGCCCUGGCGCCAGGCCGUUUAAGACCUGUCAAAGUCCUUCAUAUUUCCCUCAUGUCACAUGGCGGACCUUCCCGGGCCCCCCUCCUAGUCUGCCCCUCCUUAUCCCCCCCCCCCCAAUUUCUGCCUGCAACUACACACACACACACACAGAGGCAGCCAGGCAGCCAUUGGGGACCUUGGCGCUUUUGCAAAGGGUUGCCGGGUCCUCAAUUUGCUCUUCUCCGCGGCUCCCUCGUCUCUCUGACCUCAGCCAGCGGGACUGCUGGUAUUCUGUCCGGGCCACUUAGCCAAAUUGCGGGUGAUUGAUGAAAAUAACAUUUCUCACAAGAAUCAAUGCCCCUCCCUGCCUCCUAACCCACCCCGGCCCCCCUUCUGCAGGCACCAUAGGAAAUGAAUGGAAAAUUGUCCCCAGGAACAGAUCAACCGGGAAAGCAAAAUAUCGUCAGACCUCCAAGUUAACACAACCACAAAACUCUAGGCUGGGGGGGGGGGGCGGGCGGGUGUAGUUUCAGGAGGAUCAUAGGGACCAGCGCCUCGCUGCUGAAGUUGUUCACUGGAGUUCUUGGAACGCCAUUGCAUGUGGCGCAACCUUCUGCGCAUCGCGAUCCUCUGCAUGUUUCCUCGAGCGUAAGCCUCGCUGAGUUCAGCUGGGCGUAUUCCCGGGGGGAGCUGCAGCCCUAACCCCACCUGCAUGGAAGUAAGCCCCGCUGAAGAUAAUAGGACCAGCCUUUGGAAGAGACAUUAUUAGGAUCGCGCUCCCAGCGCGCAUUGGAUUGUCACCGAGCCAGGCAGAGUUGCCUGUUUUUAAUCAGAAAUAAGUCUUACCGCGUUCAAGGUGCUUGCCAUUCCUGUUAUGUUUUCAGAAUAAACAGUUAAACAAGAUCUCAAUGCAUUACCUUAGACACUGGGAGAGGAGGGCGUUGCAAAACUACCCCCAACAACCCCCCUCCGGUUCCCAGUUUAGUUUGUGAUCAUUUUUUUUAAUGCUGUUUGUUGUAUGUAUAUUCUCAAUUCUAGCGUGUGUAUUUUAAGGAAAGGGUCAAAGUUUGUUCUAAGGAAAAUGCACAGACUUGUUUCGAAAAAUAAAAUGUUUUUAAAAAUGACAAUUGAUAUUAUCCUGGCUAUGUGGUUUCACUCGCCCUUCGUUCCUCCGCAACAAUAAAAAUCCCCACGCGCGCGCGCACGCAGCUCGCCACUUGACCCCACGCAAAUCUGCAAAGUCCAGAAAAACGGCACCCUUCUGACAUUAAAAGUGCGCCAGGAGCUUCACCCCAGGCUGCUCUGCCUCGGGGGAGGGGGCUGGGACAUAAAGUCUACAGGAGACAGGAAUCCCAAAAUUACACGCUGGUGUUUUUUUUUUGGGGGGGGGGGAUGUCUUUCUCGCGAUGAAACCCCGCUGAGUUUCCAUAGGAAUAAUUUCCAGGUAUGCUGCACGGGUUUCAAUGGGAUAAACGGAAGCACGUGGCCAGCCGUGGAUUGGGUAGCGGGCAAUGGCUUCCAUGGAUCAUCGACACACACAAGAACACGAGCGAAAAGAGAAAACUGUAACAUUCAAAAAGGUGUGUUCCACCUUGGUAGAAUUCAUUCCAAGAAUGAAGAUUUAAAAAAAUAUAUAAAUAUGGUUGGCCAUGGGAGCCCAAUUUUGGAGAAUCCGGGAGGGAGGUCUUGAGAUAAGACAUACACAUACACACAUGCAAGCAGAAUACACGUUACAAUCCCAGGAACUGACACCUCCCUGCAAAAUGGACCGGAAAACGAUGGCGGCGGCAGCGGCGGGGGGGGGGGAGUUCGGACAUCAGUGCCCCCAAUAUUAUAACCGAGUUAUCCAAGAGUCGCAGCCUGUUGGUUUUAACUGCAUUUAAAAAAAAAAAAUAAUAAUAAUAGAAAAGUAAUAAAAUGCAGAUUUAGAUCCGGGAGGAUAUUCAGAUCAGUUCGGAAAAGUUAGCUGGGUUCUUUUGUGUUUUUAAUGUGGCGUCCCACCCACAAAACCUUGGAUUUCUAAUCAGCCCGCUUCAUACAGCGUUGAAGGUACAAUCCAUCACCUUAUUAAGGAAUGAAGGUUUUUUUGGGGGGGGGUUGCGGUGGGGGGAGGUGGGAUAUUUUUGGAGAAGAUUCAGAGGUCAUAUACAAUAUUAAGGACCACCCCCCCCCGCCAAAAAAAGUACUGGUGAUACGUUUAAUUUUUUUAUAUACCUAAUGAUCAUCCGUGCUGGAUGUGUUCCUAAGGAACCCUUUACUGUCUGGAUGGGAAAGGUGGGUGGUCUCCCUAAACAGCACCCCUAAACCGGGCUGCUGAGUCUCCCCUUUUCCUCUCCCGCUCAGUCGUACCUUAAACGAUAUAUCGAAGAAGCUCUUGUCUCAAUUAUGCUGCCCGCAAAACAGACCAACCUAAUUCAAGCCCCUUUCGGCCAGCCCCAGAACCCCCCCCCUUCCUCUUUCUCUAGAGCAAGGGCUUAUUCUCCCCAAAUUCAAGGAGCCAGGUUCAAAAUUCUGUGAAGCCUCUGAGCUUGCUUAGAGUAUGUUUUUCCCUACGUCACUGCUGAAUUGUCCCCCAGGCCAGAGACUCGGCCCCGGAGCGAUUCCAUCCAAAAUGGAUCCCUUUGUCAGGCAAAUCUGAAAGUCAGCAUCGAACACCACAAGCUUCUCGAACAAGUUAGGCUUCCAGAACUUUAGUCCGAGGAUGGGGCCCAAUUUCUUAAAAAGGGUGAGGGGGGUUACUCGGAAACAAGGCCGGUUGGUUUCAGAAAGUACACGGAUUUAUAAAUCAGUUAUGCAGGGUAAUAGAAUCUAAUUCUUCAACGCUAUCAGGCACAAUUGCAACAUUAUACGAGUACAAGCACGAAAACAUUCUUAUCUAUUACACACAUGCAGACACACUAAUAUCAGUCAUGUAUAUGUGCAAUAAAUAUUUGUGUUAAUCAGCAGACACACACACACACACAUUUCUGGUUUCAAAGGAUCUGUGGGAGGAAGCUGCACAGCGUGGACAGAUUUCAAGGGAUAAGAAAAAUUCAUAAUAUCUGUCUGGCGUCUCCUCUCCGCCUUUCAAGUUAUACUCUGGACUCCCAAUAGAUAAUGCAUUUAUCAAUGAAUUUUACAGGGCAAUAAACAGACGGAGGGAGAAGCCACGAGUAUUAUCAAAAGUAUUUAAAAUAUAUUAAGCAGAGCGAGGGAACAGCCAAGGCAAUCUACGCCCCUUGUAAGUUUAUGGUCGCUUAUCGAAGUCCUUUACAAGGGAAUAAGCAAAACAAGGACGGGAAAGAGUGGGGUCUCUGCCCCGAUAAGCUUACAAUAUGUUUUUCUCCCAGUGGGAGAGCCAAGAAAGAGGGUGACCAAAGGUUAUAUGGGGAAUGCAUAUUAGAGAGUGCAUUCACACGUACUUUGUUCCUCUCUCAAACAAAUGAAAUGAAGAUUAAAUCGAGAGAGAGAAGGUUGUUGGCUGCAUGGGAAUAAAGAUUCAAAACCAGGAAAGAUUGAAUUGUUUAAAAAUAGGCGGAAGGCCACUGGGUACUUUCAAGGGUUAGGACAUUUCAACGCCGACCAUCAUCGCUUUACUCGAGGGACAAUAUGGAUUGAUGAAAACAAUUUUUAUGUUUAUUUUAGAUUUGGUUUUUAAAUCCAGGUGUGCGUGUGUGCCUCACCUCAAACUGGAUUUAGUUCUCUCUGGUUUCUCUUUUGCAGGAGGGGAGGCGGUCGGCCCGCCGGUCAUGUAGAACCUCCUCAUCCACCCACAUCCCAGGGAACCGGUUUAGUCUCGUGUUCCUACCUCCCCACCCCCACAAAGGACCUAGUAAGAGGAGUUGAGCAAGAACCUCGAAAUGGGUAAGGAAAUCCAGAUCUCCUCUGAGAAUUCGAUAUUAUUCCCUUUGGAAUCAUUGCUAUUAUGAAGGAUGGAAGAGAUUUCAUGUUGUUUUGCAGGCCGAUCCUAAGCACGUUUCCUCCUCCGGAGUCGAUCCUAAGCAUGUUUCCUCCGGAGUCGGUCGGUCUCUCCACCGAAAUCAAUGGACCUUCCUUUCCAGAAGGGGCGGCUGGAGAAUCACUGAGCCAAGUCUGCGCUCCUGAAACGCCCCUUCCCGGGGGUUUGCCCCCCCCCCGAAGUUGCUGCCUUUGCAGCACGUUAAAGAAGAGCGGAGAGAUCCUUAAUAGUGCAAAAUGCCCAGUUUUUCAAUAGUAAUGGGGGAGUAAAAAGAGAGAGACUUGUUUCUCUUAGUCGUUGCAAACUCCACGUGCCCAUAUCCUUAUCCUGUAAUUCCGCCUCCCCCGACUGGUGUGAAACUGGGGGCGGGACGCCGUCCUAGGAGAGGGGGGGGGGAAAAAAGAGAGAAAGACACGAAUUCAAAUCCACCCAAGAGGAACCCCAGAGACAGGUGAAGAGAAGUUUGCACGCGAUCCAGAUUGGGUUUUACACGGACCUCCGGAACGAAUUAAGUACGUAACCAGAGGUACCACUGUAUUCCACCCCCCUCUCCAAAUUUACUGCCGCAGAAAAGCGAGGAAGAUGGGAAAUGCUCGUGGAUUCAGAACAAGGAAGAGGGUCUUCUCAUCUCCCCUCAUCCCCGCGAAGUGGAGGAGAAGGGGCGCAGCGUGCAGCCAGGCUGAGUCUCGGAUCAACAGGUGCACGACCGUUUCUGAUCGCGGCCAAGCAAGCAAAGCAGCGAGGAGAAAUUGACAAUGUGUUUGUUUUCCUAACGAAGAUCAAGACUUGGGAGCGACUUCAGUCAAGUUUCGGAUUAUUAUUUUACCGUCCCUUGUUUUGGGGGAAAGGUCUGGGGUGGGAGAUUAAUUUUACCCUGGAAUCUUAAACCUAUUAACUCAGAUAUCACGUCGAUUCCCGGGAGAAACAUGUAGCCCCUAUCCUGUACGCAGAAUUUAUUGGAAGUAACACCUGCCGACUUCAAUGGGACCUACUCCGGAGUAAGAACGUGUAUUCAGUUCGCAGCCUUACUCUUAGGACAGCCUGCGAUAGUCACCUGGAAGUAAAUCCCAUUCCCACUGAACUCAGCGGGGCUUCUUUUCCGAGAAGACAUGGGUCGAAUUGUUAGGCUCCAAUCCCAUACGCGUUUAUCUACUCGAAAGUAAACCCGGCUCAUCUUGUUUCCUAGUCCAAGAUGCAAAAAUAGGACUAGGCUGUUUGUUUCAAAUUCUCUGGGCUGUUUGCAGAAUGAAUUAUUUCGGAGUGAAUGGGUGGGUUAUAUGAUAAUAAUACCCUUGACUAGUUUUUUAGUUGAAUAGUUUCUAGUUUCUAGUUCCUGCAGAUAGACACGAGAAAUGCGAGGCUUAUAUUACUCUCUCAGCGGGGGGAAAUUAAAUUCUUCUUGUUGAAGAAAUGAUUUGUGAAAAUAUAAAAGGGUUCAAGAAUAUAUAAAUCAGUUUGUAAACACGAAAAGUUGGCUUCUGUGCCUGGGAAGCUUGGCAUCCCUAUCUCUGUGCAAUCCUGAACGUGCCUACUCAGAAGUAAGCCCUGCUGCGUUUUUAGGCCUCACUUAGGACUCUGGUCCGACUGAACACAGAGAGUGUUUCUAGCGGUGAAGUGCAGCUCCUAUAAAUAUGUCUACUCAAAAGUAAAUCCCUCUGACUUUUCUGGGACUUCAUCCCAGGUGCGUGCAUAUGAGUUUUCUAGUCUUCCUGCCAGCCAGGUAAGUGGAGUUAAGGGUUGGCAUCGAUGCCACCUUCCGGGUCCAUUCACACGCAUAGCUGCCGCUCGUCAGGUAUACGAGGAACUAGUAAACUCAUGUGCAUCAAGGGCGCACAGCAGCUUAAGAACACGGACAUUUGCACGUGUGAAUCUCACUCACCCUUAAGGCGUUUCACACGUGCCUUGCAGCCUGGAAGAGAGAAUAGGCAUGUCAGAACAACUGUGGCAAAGGCUUUUGGCAGGAAACACAGCCAGCUUAUUGUGUCCCAUUGCUGUCGAUUACAUUAAUAGCGAUUUAUUAUUAUUAUCGGAUAAAAUUGCAAGCGAGACACACAGAAGGACAGACCGCUCUCCCUAUCUACAGUUACAGGGGAUUUGUCCCGGCUCACUUAGCGAGUCUUGUUGGCAGAGAAGCGGGCUGUUGAGCCCCCGUCCGAUAUUUGUAGAAAUAAUAUGUUAACGCUUCUCAGAUCUAUGUGAAUCAGUCGAUGUGCCCUGGGGCCAUCUGAGAUGAACAGGUCACAAGCAGAACGUGGGGUGGGGCGCUCCAUUAUGGUACCCCAGAAGCGGAAAACAGUCCCAAAGGAGUUUCUCUUGGAGCCCACUGUCUAAUUGUCACUGAGUACCCUUGCAUUAGUCACAGUCUGGCAGCCUAACCUACCUCACAGGGUUGUUGUGGAGGGGAUGAAAGCCGUGUUCGUCACCUUGAGCUCUCUGGAGGAAGAGUGGGGUAGAAAUGUAGGCUUCUGUCAUACACUUUUUAAAAAAGAAGUAUUUUCAGAUGGAUUUGUAAUCCUACUGUUUUAUGCAAUGAUGAUGAUGAGGAGGAGGCCCAUUCAAGCAAAGGUCUCCAGGAGGAUCACCUAAACGAUAACAUGAGGAACUAAGAGCCCAAAAUAAUAAUAAAAAAAUUUUUCCUGACUUUUAGCAUAUAGGUUUUACAUUUUAUUUUUAAUGUAGACUUUAAUUGUUCUGUCCUUUUGUAAACAGCCCCGGGAAUACGAAUGAAAGGUGUUAUUAAAAAAAAAAACCUCCAUACUUCUGAAUAAACAAGUGAAACAUGUGCAUUGACGAUGCUGUAUAAAUAAAGGAUUAUUGAUUGCAGAACAAAUAGUCUGGGCAAUCUCCUCCCUUUAAAAACCCUCAAAUAAACGCUGGAAUUUGGAUGGGGGGGAGGGAAACGGACACCAACAACUCUGAAAUUAUUUCAAGACAUCAGGAUGGGCUACUGCGCAUCAGAACCACACCAACUGAGAACACCACCUUGUCUACGCAGAAGGAAACCCACAUGAAUUCAGUGGUGCUUACUCGCAGGUAAGUGGGGUUAUCUGGGCGUCAGUCCCACUGAAUUCCAGUAGAUAGGACUUAGUUCUGCAUAGACAGGGAUGAGGAAAGCCUUCUCAUCCUCACCCCCCCCAUGUUGAUAAACUCCAAUUCCCAUCAGCCUCUAUGGCCAAGGAUUAUGGGAGUUGUAGUUUUGCAUCAUCUGGCGGAUCACAGGUUGUCCCAUGCCUGGUUCCGAAGAUACUUUUUGUAGGAGCUUGGACUAGGCGACCCUCGUGGUCCUUUCUAACUCUGCAAUUCUAUGAUUCUAUGAAAGGAGCCGGGAAGCAGACACAGGCCCCAUCUGAAUGGGAUAUUUAAAGCGGCAUAAUAUGAUUUAAAACAGCCAGGGCUCCCCCAGAAUGCUGCAAACUAUAGUUUGUUAAGGGUGCUGAGAGUUGUGAGGAGACUCCUGUUCCCCUCAACCAGCUACAAUUCCCAGGGUGGUUUAUCAGUCAAUCCCUCUUCCCAGCGAAUUUGGGACGCGGGUGGCGCUGUGGGUUAAACCACAGAGCCUAGGACUUGCCAAUCAGAAGGUCAGUGGUUUGAAUCCCCACGACGGGGUGAGCGCCUGUUGCUCGGUCCAGCUCCUGCCAACCUAGCAGUUCGAAAGCACUUCAAAGUGCAAGUAGAUAAAUAGGUACCGCUCUGGUGGGAAGGUAAACACGUUUCUGUGUGCUGCUCUGGUUCGCCAGAAGCGGCUUAGUCUUGCUGGCCACAUGACCUGGCAGCUGUAUGCCGGCUCCCUCGGCCAAUAAAGCGAGAUGAGUGUCGCAACCCCAGAGUCGGCCACGACGGGACCUAAUGGUCAGGGGUCCCUUUACCUUUACCUUUAUCCUGGGCACAUGGGUCUCUUAAGAACUGCCAGUGGCAGGAUAUCGCUUUGAAGGUCUACUGCAGCUGGGGUCAGAAGAGCAUCUAGGCUCCUUUGGGGCUACAAGUGGCAAAUCACCUCGAGGCAAAGUAAAUAAACCGCAAGAUUUCAGGGUGGCCAUUGCGCAAGUAAGUGGCUUGUGGACAUGAAUGACUAAAACAAGAAGAAGAAGAAAAAGAGAGCAGGCGUUUUUAGCUAUGCGCACCGAUAAUUAUAAGCGUCAAUUACGUUAAAUGGGAGGGGCCUAACAUACUUUCUAAAAACACAACCCCCUCCCUCCACAACACACACGUAAAAAUAGCCCAUAGUUAUAUUUACCACGUUGGGAAAAUAUUCUAAGAGUCUGCAGGGAGGGGGAGAGAAGAGGAAGAAGAGUUAAAAAGGGGGGGGGAGAGAUGAAAGUGAAAGGGAGAGUUUAAACAAGAAUUCAAAUACGUAAUUAAGGCAGAAUCGCUUGGAUUCAAUGGGGCUUCCGAGGAAAUAUGCGCAUCGUUUUGCGCAAAAGGCUUGCGGCAUAAAAAAGCUUAAUCCAACGGACAUGUGAGUUUAUUUCUACGCCGGUUUGUUCUCCAGUGCGUGAAGGCCGCUCGAGCCAGCCUUUGGGGAUAUUUUCUCUCCUCCUCGUUUCAAUUUCCCAAGUUUCUCACUCUCUUUCCCCUCCCUCCCACCUUUUAAAGACUGUUUAGAUUUCUUUCCGUCUUUAAAAGAAAAAUAUUUCCAGUAAUCCAGCUUUCUGGAAAAUAACAACACGCCAAGAAAAAGAGACGGGUCCUCCGCCCCCCAUCAAACUUCCCCUGAAGUUUAUCCAGAGUUUAACAACUUUAUAAACACAUUUCCCCUGAUUGUCAAGGGAAAAUUGCAUGUAAACCUCAUAGGGAAAGUUGGAGAUAAACGUCCCCUGCCCGCGUCCUUUCCAAUCUCCUUUAGCAGCCAGUUGCUGGAGCUGUCAUUCUGAGUGGAGAGGCGGCCCUGGUCGGAGACUCUAGUCUGUGACCUCCUUGGGGCAGAGAGCUAAUUUCGCAGGGCGGCGAGAACUUGAGCCGCGAAGAGGCCUGCGUCUCCCUCUCUGAGGGGAGCUCCCUGCCUUUUAUGAAUUGGUGGCACACAAUUAUAAGAUGUGCGAAAUAAAUACUGAUUGCAUUUAUUAUUAUUAUUUAUUAAUUAAGGCAGGAAACAAUCCAGCCAAAUUCUAAGCACACUUUUUACAGACCUGUCCUAUGCGCCUUUACGCAGCCACCGACUUUAAUGGCGCUUACUCCCAAUCAAGUGUGCACAGGAUUGUAGCUUUAGAGUUGCUUCAGACUUAAAAGUUCUGCUUACCCCCUUGAAAUAAAAUGGACGCGACGAACUUGGAUCCACUCAUUUCAGUGGGUUUGCUCUGAGUAAAGCUUAGUUGGAUAGAACCCAUAUAUUUUAAAUGAAACAUGCACACACCACUCCAUGAAAUGUCCUACUUAGAGCAGACCCAUUGAAAACAAUGGGCACGAUGACCUUGGACUCAUUAAAACGCCCAUUGGCGCGCGGGGGGGUUACGCAUGCGCGCAACAUCCCAUUGAAAUAAACCGGAUGCCAAAAAUGUUAAAAGGCGCGCGGUGGAGGGGGCAGGGAGUGUCGUGGCCCAAAUGUGGUUGAUAAAAGGCUUUUCAAGCGCUUCCUUCCCUCCCAAAAACCCUUUAAGGGAGGCCAGUUUGAUUAUCGACACAAAGGGGAGCCUGAUGAUGUGUGAUGUAUUUAAACAUGUAUUGCAAUAUUUGAAUGCCUUUUUGGUCCUAGAGAAGAGGGGAGAAAGUGCAGAUAAAGGCGAGAUAAACACCUUUGCCUCUCAUAUACAGUAGAACCUCUCGCCUUCUGUUGUAAAGGUGAUUGGAAGCUUCCUCGGGGCGGAGAUCUCCUUUCUGUUUGCUCACCUAUAGCGCAGUCCAGCUCCUCGAACCGUCAGGACUUGUGAUAACGCCAAAACACAUGGAGCAGAUACCGUCUUUACAAAGUGUAGCAUUCCUUUAACGGUUAUGUACACCGCCGUGCGGGAUACUUGUGUUAAAAGGCGGCGUAACACGAAGGCAAUAUAAUGAUUUUAAUAUGAUAUUUAAAGAAAUCAUAGGAAACAAACAGGGGGAAAGGGUGGGUCAAAGAUUUAUAUGAUUUCUCCUGUCUGUCCGCGAUGAAUACUGAAGCUCAGAAGGUCAUCCCAGCAACAAGAUAGAAAUAAAUCAGUUUCUGGGCACUUUUGCGCCACAACCUAUAAUAAAAAGCACCCUCCGACCAAAGAAUGCUGGGAACUGUAGUUUGUUAUGGGCGCUGGGAAUUGUGCCUCAGGGGGAAAAACUGCAGUUCCCAGGAUUAUUUGGGUGGCCGGGUGGGUGUAAAUGUAUUUUAAACGUAUGGUAUGUACGCAGCCUGUCUCUAGCCUUGAGAAGAUACCCAGUCUGUGUGAAUUUUUAACGCUGGUGUGUUUUAGACACCCACGUGCGUGUGAGCGUUUCACACACAAUCGGGAAUCGUCGCCGCUUCUCUUCCUCCCUCCAUCGCCUUGAUCUCUGAAGUGGAGUUUACAUAGAGUCGAAUAAAUGGUUUGAUUUCCUGUUACAAUUAGAAUAAUUCUGAAAUUAUUUAAACUUUUUUUUUUUAAAAAUGUGACUCCUCCCUUCGGUUAUCCAGGCUGGAUAUCUCUGGACUCCCCAGCUUUCAGAUCGCGGCGGAGAAGAAGACCCCCCCCCUUCAGUAAAGAAUGCCUACAUUGGCAUUUAGGAGGAGACAAAUUAAUUAUUUAAUUGUAAAGACAUAAUUAAAAAUCAGUAAGUAAUAGAACUCCCUCGCGCAAUCCGAUGUGUGCUUGCUGGAAAAGAAAGCUCUGUCUUUACUCCCAGGUAAGUUUGCAAACACUUUCAAAACCCCUGUCUCCUCUUCUUUAAAAAACAAAAAAGGCCCCCGGCCCCAAGUAUGAACUGUUCGUUUCAACUGUUUUCACGGCUCUAGGACAAGUCGAAGUAUUAUUUUUUUUAAUACCCAGGGAGUACCAUCCCUUCGUUUCCAGAGGCUUAUCUUACAACUUGGCAAAGACGGAUUUCAGCUCAAAAAAAAGGAGUCCUUAAUUCGAAGGAGAGCUCGGUUGACUUCCUGUUCAGGUUUUCUUCUUCUUUAAAAUCAGGCUUUAGAACUGAGGUUUUUAAAAGCACGAAUUAUAUCCCUAUGUGUAAGUGACAGAACUGGGGAUUCGAACUCUGUUUUCCGUUUCCUGGUCCAUGGCACCACGCUAGUCCUCAGUAACUUCCUAUCCCAGGCUGUUUUCGAUUGCUUUAGUCCCGUCUUCUCUUCAAUUCCACCCGCUACAUAAACAUAUUUUACUCCCCCCCCCUGUCUCCCCCCAAUCGUUCUACAGAGUUCUCUCAAUGAAUGUCUCCUGCUCCUGGUAACAAUGUUUACUCACAUCCCCAUUCCUCAUCACCUCUUCAGUUCCCCAGUUCAUUACUUCCUUUCUCAAACGGUGUGUUUUAGAUUGGCAGCAGGGAUCUACUUUUUGAAUUAUUAGGUUGGCUUUCUUAGCGUACCUGUCUUAGGGCACCCGCCUAUAAUAUCUUUGUACAGCAGGACUCUCCUUCCUUGGAGGUCUUUAUGCAAAGGUUAGAUGUCCAUCUAUCAUGCCUUGCAGAGGGUUGGGCUGGAUGACCCUUAGGGAUCCCAGCCAGCUCCACAAUUCUAUGAUUCUAGGUUACAUUCCAGCUGUGCAAAAGUCAGAGGUUUCUAUAAACAAAUAUACAUAGAUGCCUCUUUGCCCUCCUUCUAGGAAUCCUCUUGGUUUGACACAAAAUCACUUGAGGAGGGUGUGGCUUGUGGGAGGGUGUGUGGCCUGGAAAGUGUUCCAAGGGCCAGACAGAGAGGCAUUUGGCCCCUGGUCAUUAGGGAUGGGGGAAGAAAUUUGUUUGGGUUUGCAUUUAAAGGUGAAACCACCUAAAUUCCAAAACAAUGUGAGACCCGAAACGCAACCAUCUUUUGAAAUUCACAAAUCCUCCAAAUUUUGCAAUGCAGUUCUCGAGCCAAAUAAUGUGCACACAAAUGGAUAUGACAGGGGACAGUGUUCACAAAAAUGCAACAGCAUUUUAAAAUUGCAUUAUAUUUGCUCCGCGAAAAUGUGUAUAUUAGGCAAAAUCGCACACAGAAAUUAGCACUGAAAUUCUGACUGAUGAAUUUUCUUGAAGGGCUUUUAAAAAGUCAAUGUGGUAUGGUGGUUGCCAUGCUGGGAGACCAGGGUUCAAAUUCCCACUCAGCCAAAAAGCUUGGUUGGGUGAUUUGGGCCCUGUCACUGCCUGACCUACCUCACAGGGUUGUUGUGGAGAGUAAAUGAGGAAGUAGCAUGGAAAAGUCAGGAUAUAAAUGCGACAAGUGAAUAGGUAAAUAAAAAUCACAUGUGUAGAGGUGAAUUGAAGAGUGCCAAAAGAAGAAAUGGAGAUAACCCAAAAUCGAUAGACUUGCCUUUCCCCAGCAGGAAGAGUCAAUCUGGGCCCAGAAGAACCUCCUUCCCAUUGUACUGCCCUGGUUAUAUUUCCAGUGCUGGCUCUCCGUGUGACAGAAUUCCUUCUCCCGGUGCUUCAAAGUGUGCCACACUUUACAGGGGUGACCCUCAAGUACACAGGGCCAGGCCGAGGCCUGCUUGCCUCUUCAUCCCUAUCUCGGAGUCUGAAGUGGAGGCAAGUGUCGGCCAGGCCUUGUGUUGGCCUUCUGACCAGGGGUGAAUUUCGCACUCCACCAAGAUGCCUUGGCUGCCAUCCUCAGUGCUCUUACAUGGCUGGUCAAGUAUCAGAGAGGCCCCUUCAUGAGGAGCCGGGGAAGGGGGGGAGGGACCUGAUAGUGGGGAGCCCCUUGACACCGAGAAGUUGACAUCUUGAAUAGUCAAGAGAAUGCGGCAGAGGAGACGCAGAUGAAGUGAACUUGGGAGGGAGGCCUCACAGCUAGCGCUCUGAUGCCUACAAAGGGAAGAGAGAUAGCCAUGGUCUCCAAGAGUCAACUUUGGGUCAGAGGUCCAGAAUCACACUCAGCAGACAUCCCCCACCAGAGACACUCCCCCCCCCAACCAGCUCUAGUCUUAAGCAGCAGAGUUGGCUUACUACAUUUUGAAAUAAUACCCGAGGUGGAUUUAAGGGAGCGCGACUGGUCCGGUUGCACUGGGCAUGGAGCCUCGGCGUGCCUCAACUGUGAUGUGGAAUGGAAGGUGGGAGGUGUGGGGUGGUGCCAACAUUUGGCAUUGCACGGGGCGCUGCUGAAAUUUCAGACUAGCAAGUUCUGCCACCAGUAAUACCCUUAAGCAUCUGAAAAGAACCCUCUCCCCAACAAGGCCAUUACACAGGAACAGAGGGAGAUUACUUUGAGUGAGUCAGACCAUUUGUCGAGCUCAGUAUUGUCUACACUGGCCGGCAGCAGCUAUCCAGGGUUUCAGACAGGGAGCAUUCCUGGUCUUACCUAGAGAUGCUGGGGAUUGAAUUUGGACCCUUCUGCAUGCAAGGCAUGAGAUAAGACUGGGAUGGGGCCUCUAGCGCAUUUGCCGCUGUUUAGCAUGCAAAGUAGGGCCUCCCUUCUCCUGGGAGAAGAUUGGCACCUGAUGCACACAGAUGGCUAAAUGCAGGCGAGCCAAACUUUUUGCAAAGCACGGGUGGUUACGAUGAGCCGCGCUGGGCCUGUCUUGAGGCAUCCAACUCCAAACUUGGCCUGCUGUAUCAAAAGCGCUGAGAGGUCCACGGGCGACUCUCCAAGCCGCUUGCAGGGGAAAUGUGUUUGAAACGGAGCCUGGAAGCCAGCCGCCUCGUUUUCCACUCUCCCUCUGCAUGUGUGUGUCAUCGCAGAGAAAUCUUGAAGCCACCCACCAGUAGUCAAGCGAAGGAGUGGACGCAGCAUCUGGACCAGGUUUCCAGGCCAAACCUAGGCAUGAAUCAAGGAGAUCAAAGGAAGGCCCUCAGCUGCAUUUACGAAAACACCAAGCUCACCCCAGAGUCCGGAAAGUACAUGUGUUCACAGCCUCCAACUCCGUGUCUGAGUGUUCCAGGAAAACACACACACACACACACCAGCAAACACAAAGACAUUUCAGUUCAUGGAGGGGAGAUCAGGUAGAAUAAUCAGUUUUCCCUCCCCACCCCAUGCUACAGUUACAUGGCAUAGUAGGCUGCCUGGGUGGCAUCUGAUUGUUCCUGUAGCUCAAAGCCUCUUAAAACCAGGUUGGCUGCUUAUGCAUCACCAAAAAGGAGGAAAUUUAUUUAAUUUAAUUUAUUUAGAGUAUUUGUACCCCAUUCUUCAGCCACAAAGGCUCAUAGAGUCGCUCACAUACAAUAAAGUAAAAGAAGGCAGUUCCUGCCCAGAGACUUACAACACACACACACACACACACACACACACACGUCUAUAAGACACACUUUUCCCCUCCUAAAAAGUAAGGGGAAAUGUGUGUGCGUCUUAUGGAGCGAAUGCAGGCGGGAGGCUCUGCUCAGCGCCCUUUAAAGAGCUGCGUGGAGCGUGUGUGCUGCCCUUCUCCCUCCUCGGGGAAAAGCCCCCAAAAGCCACACACACACACCGUGCACUCUUUAAAGGGAGCGCGGCUCUUGGGGGAGCCUUAGCUGCACGCAGCCUCUCCUGGGCAGGGAUCCCACUGGCUGUCCUGGCUUCUUGCUUAGCCGCGUGCAGCCUCUCCCGGGCAAGGGGAGCCUUCAUCCCGCUGCCUGGGAGAGGCUGUGCGCGGCUAUCCCAUAAGCCAGGACAGCAAGCAGGAUCGCUGCGCAGCACACAAGGGAAAAGGGACAGGGAGGGAAGAGGAAAUGCAUCACUAAAAAAGAAGGCACAGAUGAUGUGCAUGAAAUGUGUGCGCGCUAAUCUAUAUGUAUAGAUCAGGGGUAGGGAAUCUCAGGCCCGGGGACAAAAUGUAUUCUCCAAACCUCUUCAUCCAGCUUUCAGGACUCUCCUCACCACACCACCCCUCCUUCCCAUGACCUGUCCUGCUAGAAAUACAGUGCAUCUCACCUUAGUAAGGAAGACUGUUAUGGUGUUCACACAUUAUGUUAAACGAGUGUACAAUCUGUGUAUACAGACAUUUGAACUGCACAAACUUGCAACCAUUCACACGAAACAUUCAACAAAUGUACAGUCAGUGCUCCUGGGCACACAACGGUUGAGUCUGCACAAAUCAACAAGUGUGUACUCUUUCUCAUAAAUGCUUGUACAUGUGUGGAAAAAGCUUGUACUUGUGUUCAGUGUAACAGGUGAACAUGCCUUAUGUGUGCAGAUGACUGUUUGUGCCCAUGAUCUUCCCCACAAUAUAAAUGAAAAAUUUAAAACUAUUUAACACUACCCAUUUUUAUGUCAUUUAGCAGCAACAACACUACCACUAAUUUACAUUUACCUGGCAACCUAGGAAUUAAAAAAAAUAACAGCUCUAACCAGAAUGCUUACCAAAUUUUAUUUUCAGUAUCAAUUUAAAACUGCUCACAUUAAAAACCACUACUCAACACUUAUUACUAGUAGUAUCAGUACUGCUCCCACUUAACAUUAAUUUUCCCACCAAAUCUUUAUUCGAAGUUUUCUCUAACCUCUAUGCUUGCAAUCUAGGAGCCCCAUCCUUGACCUGCUCUCAUAAUGAAGAAGGCUGUUAUUGCGAUCUUCAGGGUAGGGUGGUGGUGGUGGCGGCGGCGGCGGCGGCGGAGAGGGGCCUAAGCCCUUGCAAAUCUCUUGAGUAUUGGGCAUACAUGUAUGAGGAGCAUUUUGUCUCCUUGAUAAGCUUCUCCAGAGGAGUCUGAAGAGCCUUCCGGAGCUAGGGUUAUCAUGCACCUUUAGGCCAAGAGCUGGCUAAUCAAAGGAGGAGGAAUCGCAAUCUCAUGCCUUUGUAAUCAGUGGACCUCUGAUAGACAAGUGCGGAGAGGUGGAGGAUGCUAUUAUCCAUUGAAUCAUAGCUGGGGGAGGACCGAUAAGGCCACUCAACAGCCCUUUGCCAAUGACCCCUUUGUUCUCAUCAAAGGCCACAGGGCUCUCCCUAUCUUCCAGUUGCCAGAGAGCUUCAUUCCCAAAGCUUCAUUCCCUGUCAUUCAUUCAUUCCCUGUCAGUCAUGCACUGGGCGCCAGCGCCCAGCAAGCUUGUCAGCAAAUUUGGGCGCUUUCGGUGAAUGUCAGGAGUGGCCAACUCUUUCAAAUGGCUCCUCGGGAGCCACCAACUACCUGAAACAAACACAAACGGUGCAAUAUUAAGAGAUUUCUAUUCAAUGAUGUUGCUUAAAAUGUAGAAUUGUGAUGAUGUGGAUUAGUCGCAGCAGGAGUAUUGUCUGGUUAUGAAUCUAUCUUGUGUUUCUUAUAUUUGACUUCUUUGUGUUGGGAUUUGUAAACCGCUUGGCUUUUUGAAGCAAUGAAAUACAAAGCGGUCUGCAAAACAAACCUUGCACCAGCUCCCUUGGGAACAAGCCCCUCUGUGUUAUAUCAGUGGGGCUUCCAGAUGGGACUUCUGGACUGGAUUCAUAUGGGCCUCAUGUAGCUUGCCAGCACUCAGGAUCAUGGGUUGGGAAGCAGGUGGUUGGUUGCUCAUAUACACUCACAUAUUACAGCCAUAGAUCAUCUGCACAUAUAGAUUAAAAGGCUAUUGACUGCCCUCAGUGAUGACAUGGUUGGGCUCAAGGAAGAAGCAGCAGCUCUAGAAGCCUGAUAUAUUUAUUUCAGACCCUUGCAGCCCACCUUGAAGGUUGCAGGUUCAACCCUCAGUAUCUCCAGGUAGGACUAGGAAAAGGACUCUGUCUGAAACCAUAGGGAGAGCUGCUGCCAGUCAGAGUAGACAGUACUGAGUUAGAUGGAUGCGGAGCAGUUCCCAAGGGAGAAAAAACGUUUUAUUUCAUUAUUUCCCCCCACAAAAUUCAUAUAACGCUUGAUAGAAAUUAAACCCCAACAGAGUUUACAAAAGCAACAUUAUUGCUUAGACAAGCUGCUUAGGAAACUGAGGUAAUUUUAGUCCGGUUUUAGUCUUUUAACUUUUAAAAGUGUUUUAAAGUAUGGUUGUUAUUGAUUUCACUGUUUUAUCUUUUGUAAACCACUUCAAGGUGUGUGUGUGUUUUAACUAUCAAAUUGUGUAUACAAUUUUAUGAAAUAAAUAAAUAGGCAGGAGAAUGUCAAGUAAGGCCGGAGGCCUCCUUUGCUCUCCCAUUAAUCCUCUGCUGCCCUACUGUUGCCUCAUGAGCAGUAUCCAAUCAGAGGAGCUCCUUAAGAAUUUGGGCGGCAGUUCUGUCCAGUCAGGUGCAUUGUGCCUUCCAUUUCAUUUGCCUCGACCAAUGAGAGGCUCACUUUCAUUCCGAGGGGUCGUGGUGGUGGGUUUUGGGCCUACCUUUUCUUUUUCAGCAGUCAAGCUCAGCAGCAGCCAGGCUUCUUCUUAGUCUUCUCAGUAAGUGGAAGUUAGAGAAAAUAUUAUACUGCUAGGUGUUGUUUAUUAUUCUGCUAAAAUAAAGCGUAGGGGGUAAGGGCUGGAGGCAGAAGGAAUGAAAAGUGCUAGACUUGUAUUAUGCCCUUCCUGGAUUUUUACACACACAUACACAUACACAUAAGAUUGUUCCCAACCCUAACCCUGUGGAAAGCCAUCUAAUUAGACUUUAAUUUGAUUUUGAGCUGUUUUUAGGAGGUAAUUUAAUUAUUGUUUGAUUUUAUACUAAUGUUGUAUAUUUGAUGUUAGCCACCCUGAGCCCGGCUUCGGCCGGGGAGGGCAGGAUAGAAAUAAAAGCUUCUUAUUAUUAUUAUUGAGCAAACCUGGUUAUAUAAAUAGAUAGAUAAAUAAAUAGCUAGAUAGAGAUAUUAUAUAUUAUUCUUUAGUCAUUUACUAGCAGCCUCAUACCUGGUGCUGCUUGGGAAUUAAAACAAACAAAUUCAGCGUGGUUUUGAAAUUGGUAGUUAAAAUCAGUGCAUUUCCUAUAUUUUUUAUUACUUUUCAUUGAACCAUAUUAAAUCUCAAGUACAUAAUGCAGUUGCACCAAGUAACUAAAAAUGCACACGUUGGAAUGGCCUGUAAUAUGCAUAUGUUAAUAUUUUGCCACAUAGGAAAGCUAUUGGUGCAGUUUCAAAGAGGUACAGAUUCAAAAUGACACCCAAUUGUAUCCAAACAUCGAUGAAAAGUUGCUCCUUGAUCUCAGGAACCAACAUGCAGAAUUUGGUUAAGACCAGCACAUAGGGUUUGUGGGGUUAUUUUUCUGGGGGGACAGACAAAGUUGUUGACUUUUUUUAGUUAUGCCCAAAAUUGUUGAGUUUUUGAGCUAUUUUUAAUGAAAUCUACACUACCAACAUGGGCUGCCCUACGCCCAGAUUUUCAUGGAUGUUCCAGCGAUUUUUGGGAAGUUCCGGACGUAGGGCAACCCUGCUAGCACAAUUUUGAAAGGUUCAGCCCACCAUCUUGAUUCCAAAUAGCCUCCCGCCUCUCUGCUUCUUCAGAGCACCCAGUUUUCUGCUUCCCAUUCUUGCACAGCUUAUAUUCCCUUCUACUAUGACGUGUCCCCACCCGCAGAUUUACCUCUGUUAUUGUCAGCAUUUAGUGUCUGAACUUUCCUCUUCAAGCAGUUGUGAUGCUUGUGAACAUCCUGUGCCACUGCUGCAGCUAAGGCCAAUGGAGGGAAUGGGGGGGGGGCAGGGAGAGAGAAGCAGCUUGCUUGUGGCAAUGAGCUGCUUUCGAGGGGGUGCCUGAGUGGGAUUUUCGACCCUCUCAAUAAUUCUGGGUUGUGAUUUUCUGCGAGGGAAAUAAAGGAUUAACAAGAUUUUUGCAAACGGCUUUGGCUAAAAAUCUACCAGUGGAAUAAUAAAAAUAAAAAUCUCUUGCACACAUUCAGGCCAUGUGUGUGAGUUGUUUCCUCUCUCUCCCAAGUAUAAAGUAUUUUUAGCCACCGAGCCAUUUGGGGACUUUCUGGAUCGAUGGCCUGAUUUACAACUAAAUCUGCCGGUUAUUACGGGGAUUAGUUUGCCCAGUGCGUAGAUUAGUCAGAGUGUGAAAUUGCACACACAUUAAGCCUGUCUCAGCCUAUGGGAGGUGUCAAAGGGAGUUUGAUCCUUGGCUGGGUUGGUGUUUGUGUGUGUGCGUGUGUGUGUGCGAGUAUCAGAGGGAGGGGGAAUUUUGACGCAGUAAUCGGUGUUACUGGAUGAACCUCGGAAGAGAGGAAGCUGCCUUAUACUGAGUCAGACAAUUGGUUUAUCUAGCUCUGCAUUAUUUAAACCAGGUGUGGGGAACACUAUUUCAGCCCAAGGGCCAUGUUUCCUUCUGGGAACCUCCUGAGGGCCACAUGCCAGUAGUGGAUGGGGACAGAGGCAAAAGUGGGUGGAGCAAUGAAUGCAAAUUUUAAUCUUUGUAUAGUAAGAACAUAAGAAGAGCCUGUCAGAUCAGGCCAGGGGCAUAGCUGUCAACUUUCAGAUUUGAAAAGAAGGGAUCAGCAGCCUCGAAAAGAAGGGAUCAGCAGCCUCACCUGUCCUGGGGACAGUCUACGGGAUAUCUAAUAAUCCGGGAUAGCAGCGGGAAAUGGCGCUGGAAUAAGGGAAUUUCCCACAAAAAAAGAGAAGGUUGACAGCUAUGGCCAGGGGCCCAUCUGGUCCAUUAUCCUGCUCUCACACUGGCCAUUACUAUUUUACUGUUUUACUAUGACUAUGACUAUUAUUUAUUAAAUUUGUAUACUGCCCUUCAUCCAGAGAUCUCAGGGUGGUUCACAGCAUACAAAUGCAGAAUAAAGCCAUAAAGUACAUAGUAAGAACAAGAACAAACCAAAGCAAUAACCAUGCUCCCACAAACACAUUUAACAUAGACUGUUAAUCAGCCAAAGUCCUGGUUAAAAUGGAAAACUUCUUUUCCUGGCACCCAAGGUUGUAUAAUGAAGGUGCCAGCCGAGCCUACCUGGGGAGAGCAUUCCACAAGUGGGGAGCUGCUGCAGAAAAGCCCGUUCUUGUGUUGCCACCCUCCAGAAGUCUCAUAGAGGAGGUACACGAAGAAGGGCCUCUGAUGAUAAUUGCAGCAUUCGGGUUGUCCUAUAUCCAUAGUUCCAUAGUUUAACCAUGUGCUGUGCUUUCUUUUAUGUGUCCUGAAUCCUCCAACAUUCAGCCUCAUUCAAUGCUCACAACUUCUAAUGUUAUGAGAGAGGAAGAAAAUUUUUUCUAUAUCCACUUCUCCAGACUAGUUUCUACACACUUAUCCAUAUGUGCAAGGGACAUCAUCAGAGUUCAAGGACAUAUUCAGGCAAAAACAUUUAGUCAUGCUGGCCACAUGACACGGGAAAACUCUGCGGACAAAACGUUGGCUCCCUUGGCCAGUAAAGCAAGAUGAGCGCCGCAACCCCAGAGUCAGCUGUGACUGGACUUAACUGUCUGCGGUCCUUUACUAUUGUUGUGGGGUGGGAGCCCCCGUCAGAUUUAUGUUGAUAAAAUAAACUGGUAAGUUGUUUUGUUUAUUUAUUCAUUUAUAUCACACCUUUCCUCCAAGGAACUGAAGUCGGUAUGUGUAGAUAUUUCCCUCCUGUUUUAAUCACACAACAGUCCUGUGAGGUAAGUUAGGUUAAGAGACAUAAACGGACUCAAGGUCACCCAGAUAAGUUUCAUGGCUGAGUAGGGAUUUGAACCCUGGUUUCCCAGGUCCUAGUCCGAUACUCUAACCACUGUACCACACUGACUUAGUAUGUUCUCUCCCCCCCCCCAACUCAGUGCUUGAUUCUGCUUUUCUGUUCUCAGGACUUGGCUCGUCUAGGGGCUUUAGAUAGUUCACACAUGGGAGAGACCAUCUUCUUCCAUAUCCUGUUGGCUUCCCCCCUCGCGCUCCUAAGAUAUUGUAAAAAUCCUCUGCUUCCGCCAGUUAAGCUCGGAUCACCUCGCCCUUAAUGUUUCACAGCUGCUAAGUUUGUCUUUUAAGAGGAAACAUUUGGACAUAUACAGUCCUGAUGAGGCGAGGGGAACCAAUAUCACCUCAUGGUGAAUGCAGAAAAAGGUUGUUCUUCAAUCUGGCCAGAAACAUGGGAUAAUUUCAGCAGCUCCUGGCCUGGUUAAAAAAAAAAAUAAGACAGGAGGGCUGUGUGUGCAAAGAUCCAAACUUUAGGACUAGCUUUACCAUUAGGCAGAGUGAAGCAGUUGCCUCCGACAGCUGAUCAAUAACAAGCUGAUUUUAUGCUUGCUAUUGAUUGUUUUCCCCCUGGUUGAUUAUGGUGUUUUAAUGUGCCUAUAAUUACUAUGAAACGUAGGUGGGUGGCGACAAUAUCAGAAAAUAAUCUAACUACUUAAACUAUCAAACAAACAAAUAGAAAAUGUGGUUCAAUGAAAGUAAGUGUAAAAUGAUGCACACCGGGGUAAAACAAUCCUAAUUUUGCAGAUAAGAUUAUGGAGUAAGAACUGAUGGUGACUAACCAGCAGCAGUGGAUGGAUUUGUUAAUUUUGCUUCCCUCACUUUCUCAUUUUUACACUAUUAAAUUAAGUUCUCCACAUUUACAAGCAAUCUGUGUUAAAAAAAAUUCUGAUGAAAAUUAAUCAGCAUUUCACUGCAAAUUUCUCGUAAAGACUGUCUCUCCCAUUACGAAUCAAUCUGGACCCUGCGAUCAUCACCUGAGGCCUUCUUUUGCCCCAUCUCCUAGAGAUCUGGAGGGUGGCAACACAAGAAUGGGCCUUUCCUGCAGUGGCUCCCUCUUUGUGGAAUGCUCUCCCCAGGGAGGCUCGCCUGAAGCCUUCUAUUACACAUGUUAAGUAAAGGUAAAGGUACCCCUGCCCGUACGGGCCAGUCUUGCCAGACUCUAGGGUUGUGCGCUCAUCUCACUCUAUAGGCCGGGAGCCAGCGCUGUCCGCAGACACUUCCGGGUCACGUGGCCAGCGUGACAAACUGCAUCUGGCGAGCCAGCGCAGCACACGGAACGCCGUUUACCUUCCCGCUGGUAAGCGGUCCCUAUUUAUCUACUUGCACCCGGAGGUGCUUUCGAACUGCUAGGUUGGCAGGCGCUGGGACCGAACGACAGGAGCGCACCCCGCCGCGGGGAUUCGAACCGCCGACCAUGCGAUUGGCAAGUCCUAGGCGCUGAGGUUUUACCCACAGCGCCACCCGCGUCCCUGUACACAUGUUAAGACACCAGGCAAAAGCGUUUCUCUAUAAACAGGCCUUUGCCUGAUUAAAUAUGUUUGUGGGAAGGAAGGGGUAUUGGUUAUGUUGUGAACUGCCCAGUGAUCUUUGGAUGAAGGGCAGUAUACAACUUAAUUAAUUAAAUAAAAUACUAAAUAAUUUUUAUAUGCAGUUCUGACUAAUGAGCCCAUCUUUGGAAACAUUUUCCCCAUAUAUAAUGCAUUUUUGUAUGCUAUAUUCACUUAGAUACAAAGGUUUGUUCAUACUUUCCUUAAUAUAUACAUAUUUGUAGACAUAGGUUGGUGUUCUGAAGUUGGGUAAUUUGAACUUGCAAAUUUUGGAUAAAUGUGAAUUUUGAAGGGUGGCUGUUCACAUAUUGUUUUGGAAGGUGUGUUAUUUGAUAGAUUCAGCUUGAAACUAUCUUCUAUUUCUACUGGCCAGGAAUGAGACCUUGGGGUAAUUGUGGUGGCUUGUUGAAAACACAGACCCGGAAUAUGGGCUGCUAUGAGCAAAUGUGUGCUCCAUGUUAUGGAUCAUUAGGAAAGCAACUGAAAAUAUAAUUGCUGUUGGUGGGUUUCGACUCUCCAUGAGUCUCUGUUGGUGGGAUACCUUUGUUCAAAUUUAUGAUACUGUGCAAGCAAACACUUGGAAUGCAAUGUGGCUAUACUUUUGGCUGCCACAUCUCACAAAGGAUAUUGUAGAGCUGGAAAAAGUGCAGAGAAGGUCCGCCAAAAGGAUCUGAGGGCUGAGCUGAUUCUCCUGUGAGGAAAGCUUACAAUGUCUGGGGCUUUUUAGUUUAGAAAUAAAGUGGUUAAGGGCAGGGGGUUAUUUGUUUGCUUGUUUAUUGAAUUUAUAUCCUACUCUUCCUCCCAAAGGAGCUCAUGGCAGCAAACAGGUAAUAAAGCAACAAAAAUAACUUUAGAAACAUCUUCAGAAACCUUUUUUUAAAAAAGAAAACUCUUUAAAAUCUUUAAAAAAUCUUAGAAACAAUUCCAAUACAGAAGGAGACUGAGAAAAAUCUCAUCUUAAAGAGACUCAUUGAAAGAGGAAUAUGUGUGUGUGUGUGUGUGUGUGUAAAAUUGUCCAGUAGCACCUUAGAUACCAACUAAGUUUGUUCUUAGUUGGUCUCUAAGGUGCUACUGGGCAUUUUUUAUUUUUUUAUAUAUAUAUUUCGACUGCAUCAGACCAACACGGCUACCUACCUGAAAGAGGAAUGUCAUCCAUAGGCACCAAAAAUAAAACAGACAGCACCUGUCUAAUAUUCAAGGGGAGGGAUAUGGUAAGAGGUGUAGAUUUUCUCUCAUAAUACCAGAACUCAUAGACAUCCAAGCUGAAUGUUGGCAAAUUCAAGACAGAGCAAAUUAAGGUCCAUUAUGAGUGAUAAGUCAGGCAAUGUGCUUUGAAACUUGUAAAAAACCAAUCAGGUUGUUUUGCAAGUAUAAAACUGGGGCAUCUCAAAGCAGGAUUUCCCCCUCUGUAGUGCUUUUUAAAACUUUAAUAUAUAUUUUUGUCUUACAGAGGGAACCAUUUAAAAGUCUCUUACCUUGUGGAAUUCCCUUCUGAGAGAUAUAUGGCUUGCUCCAUCAAUCCAGGUAUUUCAUAAUGUUUCUAAAAACCUGCCUGUGUUACCCUGCUUUUAAUGGCAUUUUAACAUAUGUUAUGCAAAGUCAUGUCUUAUCAAAGAAAACUGCCUUAUACUGAGUCAGACAGUUAGUCUAUCUAGCUCAGUAUUGUCUGCACUGAAUGGCAGCAGCUCUCCAGGGUUUCAGACGGGAUUCUCUCCCAGCUCUACCAGAAGAUGUUGGGGAUUGAACCUGGGACCUUCUGCAAGCAAAGCAGAUGCUCUACCUAUGUUUCCCCUAAAAAACAAUUAUUUAUGUCCUCUUGGUUCUGGAGGAAUGGUGGGACCACAGAAAGCUGCCUCAUACUGAGCCAAUCCACCUAGCUCAGUGUGCCUUAACACAGACUGGCAGCAGCUCUGCCAGGGUUUCAGCCAGGAGUCUCUCUCAGCCAUACCUGGAGAUGCUGGGGAUAGAAACAGACUUUCUGCAAGCAAAGCAGAUCCUCUAGCACUGAGCUACACAUCUUACCUGUUGAUUUAAUAUGGUUGGCUUUUCCUUUUGCAUUAUGCAUUUUAGCAGAACGCUUUGCCCUGCCUUGGUUGUCAUUUUUGAUUGAAGGAUGGUAUAAAAAUGACCCCCUUGCCCUCCCCCUGCAACUGCCCUCUGAAGUGGUGCAGGUUGCUUGACCGCCUCAUUCGACCGCAGGCGUGCAUCGGAUCCUUUCUAGGAUUUCCCACAUGCCGUGAAUUUGAACUUCAGGUUGUCUUUGCAAAGCAACCUUUCUUUGCCAUCUUCUUUCUCUCUUUCUGUGCAAAUGAACGACCCCCCUCUGCCCCCCGCUCCAGCGCUGCCACCCAAAAUGAUUUAUGGGCAGUACAUGGGUAUGUUUAUUACAGAAACCAGGGAAAGGGUAGCAAAGCCAUAUUUCACGUUCGCUCAGGAAACGUGAGCUCGGCUUUAUUAGAAAGCUCCCACUUUAUCCCAAAGAGUGAUCUACAGCUGAGCCCGGGUUAAAUGAGACAAUUCGGUGUUUGAACUCCAUAGGGGGGCGGCCAGUUGCUACAACUUGGAAAAGGGCUUUUAAAAGCCUGCAUUCGCAGAAGAUCUUUCAGGGGUUUCUUGCGUGAGGCUGAACGUGUGCAGUAGAGGAGAUGUCUGUUUCAUUGUGGUGCGGUUGUUAAAGUGUUGGGAAAAUCUGGGUUCAAAUCCCCACUCAUUGGGUGGCCUUGGGCCAAUCACUCUUUUUCUUUGUGUUGCUCACACGGUUGUUGAGAAUGAAAAAUUAUUAAUUUUCAUUUAUAUGAAUUCUUGCCUAUUAAUAUUUUGCAUGCACACCUCUCUGUACUGCUUUUGAAGCCAAUGGUAAGGGAUGAUGGGAUUUGGAGUCCAGCAAAGUUUGGAGGGGCACCACUGGCUACCUACUAGGUAGGAAUGUAGAAAGCGGCCUUAUUAUACUCAGUCCUCACGGUUCCAGAUCAAGGGCUGAUUUAAACAGGCACAUAGAAAUCAUAGAAUUGUAGAGUUGGAAGGGACCUGGAGGGUCAACUAGGUCUAACCCCCUGCAAUGUAGGAAAUAUGCAGUGGUCCCAUACAGGGAUUGAACCUGCAACAUUUGCAUACCAGCACCAUGUUCCAAACAACUGAGCUAGAGAAGACACCCAUAGGAAGCUGCCUUUUACUGAGUCAGACGAUUGGUGCACUUAGCCCAGUGUUGUCUUCACUGAGUGGCAGCUGAACUUCAGCCCUACCUGUGCUGCUGCCACAAAUUGAAUCUGGGACCUUUUGUACGCAAGGCAGAUGUCCUGCCACCCUUUGACAUCUCAUCAGGAGGAGAAUUUUUCCUAGCUCCACGAACUGAGAUAAAAGAAUCUCAGUGGGGAUUUAUCCCAGGACCUUCUGAAGGCAGAGUGUGUGCUCUGCUGCAGUGCUAUGGCCCCAUGACAUGCUAUGAACCUCUCCCCGACGCCAAAUUGCACAGUGUUUUCUCCUCUGACAGAAGAUGCUCAGGUAUUGUCAUAUUCUAUAAAUUUCCCCAUUCUGACAACAGCAAAAGUCUUGGUUCAAAGGGGCACUUAAAAAAAGAAGCGGGAAUUUCCCCGUGGCUGCGUGGUGAUGAUUCUUUAAAACAGAGAGCGAGGGAGAGAGAUUUAAUGCUUGCCAGCCCUUGCAUACUUCCCCCAAAGCUGCUUCUGAGAAUUUAGAACAAUUUAGACCAAACUGAGGGCGAUGACGGGAGUUUUGCCUCCCUUGGAUACAAGAACUUUGUCCCCGGAGGGUGCUGUCUGGAGUGGGAGCGGAGGAGGAGGAAGCGUCGGGUUUUGACAAUCCCUCCUGUAUGUGUUAAUCUGGAUUGUGAUUGAACUUUUGGAACUGACCUUGGCAUGAACUGUGUUAAAAAAUCCGUGCUGGAGUGGACUGGCUUAACCUCGCUGGUUCCACUUGCUCACGAGGUCCGCGGCCUUGCUUGGUCCAAUCCAUUCCCUGACAUAUAUUUGGAGGAAAUGCAAGGGAUUGUCAAAAAAGGUAGGUAGGUCUGUUGUGUUACACACAAAUGACAACAUAAGGCCAAGCCCAAAGAUUAUUGCUAUUGGCUUGAAUUACUUUGGGGGGGGGGGGAAAGAUCACAGGGAUGAAAACAGGGAUGAAAAAUGGCAUUUCUGUCCUCCUAACCUUACCCUUUCUGUCUCUGCAGCCACCAGCUGCAUUACAGCAGCACCACUAAGCCUGGUGGAGACCAUUUUCCCCCUUCCCCAACUAUCCCCUCUGUGCCAUUGGGCAGAAAGGGGAGGCAAAUGGAGACUUCUUUCUCCACAUUCUCUUGUCAUUCCUUGCAAUUUUGGAGAGGGCAAGAGCCUGGGAUAGCCCUGUCAGCAGAGCAUGACACUCUUAAUCUCAGAAUCGUGGAUACGAGCCCUUCAUCGGGCAAAAAAUUCCUGCAUUGGGGGAUGGACUAGAUGGACCCCCCAGUCUCUUCCAACUCUACAGUUCUAUGCUUCUAAGUCAGGGGUGGGGAGCCUGGGCCAUGGGUCCUGACUGUGGCCCUCUGGUUCUCUCUGGACCUCUGCCUUCUCCCCAGGUCGCACUGCUCACCAGCCUGCUUCGUAUCCUCCUUGGGUGUUUUUGUCUGGCUGGAAUGCCUCCCUGAAUUCUGAUAAUGCCUCUCACAUGUCUGGAUGUAGGAUAGAGUAGGGUGUGUCUAGAAACUAGGUGGCAUUUACAUUUGUUGCACCACUCAUUUUUGCCUUUGUCCACCUCUAGCAUGUGGCACUUGGGAGGUUGCCCAGAAGAAAAUGUGGUCCUUGGGUUGAUAACAGUUCCUCACCUGGCCUGAGUGGUUAGGCAGUAGCUGUGAGGAGGAGAAGGGCCAAAGGCCUCUGGAGGAGCUUAGCAGUGCCCCCGUCCUGCAGUAUGACUAAUGAUAGGUAAAGGUAAAGGUACCCCUGCCUGUACGGGCCAGUCGUGUCCGACUCUAGGGUUGUGCGCCCAUCUCACUUAAGAGGCUGGGGGCCAGCGCUGUCUGGAGACACUUCCGGGUCAUGUGGCCAGCGUGACGAAGCUGCUCUGGCGAGCCAGCACCAGCACAGCACACGGAAACGCCGUUUGACUAAUGAUAGGGGCCCAAUAAUGCCAACAGUGAUGCUCAUAUAUGAAUCACUGGUGAUGGGGGCACUUCCUGACUGGAAAGACCAGGGAUUCAUGCAGAUAGACAAGAAACCCAACAUCCUCUGAUGGCCAAGUUAAUCCUACUCCUUCUGCAGCUGUAUCAGGAACAACUCAUUUAUCCAGCCACACGCAGAGCCAGGGCUGAAUUACCCCCAGAUACUCAGCAGAGGCUUUUUAAAAAAGAGGCAAAGACAGAGCAGGGCAUCAUCCAGGGCGGCGGAAGCCAGAUCUAUGAGAGCUCCGGGGAGUCUAUGCAGUUCUUUUGUGUGUGUUCCAUGAAGUGUUCUCUCACCACGUGUUGUUUGGGAGUGACUGUUGCCUUUUUUGAUGGGGGCUAUUCCUGGAGAAAAUUCGCAGAGAUUAAAGAGACUCUGAGAAUUUCCCAUUUAUUUGCAUGGUUGCGAUUUUGAAAGAAAGGGAAAGAGAUUGGGGAUAGAACAAAAAUUUUGGAAACCCAAUAUUUUAGUGGUUUCUUGUGUAGACACAUAGACAAUUCUUUUUCUCACCACCUGGGACAUGCUAAGCCUAUAGUGCUGAGCCAAAGAGCAAAUAUGAUUAUUUUUUUUAAAAAAAGAUUUUUAUUUUAUUUUUCACAAAAGAAGAAAAAAAUAGGUCAAUUUCCCAUCCGCUACAAAGCUGAGGAAGCGUUAAAAGAUUUGUGGGUUUGGAUGUGUUUCCUUUUCGCUUUGUGACUUAAGAUGCCUUGUCCUUUCAUUAUGUGAAGUAGGUAAAUAUAUUUUGAAUCCUGGAAGAACCUUACCUGUCUCUAUUAAAAACACAAAAUGAAACUAAAAGGACCUCGUAGAGAUAUUGAGACUUAAGAGGAGCUUGCAGGGCCACUGAGAGGCAGGUACAGGGAAUACCAGGCCCACAGCCACUGACGCACACAGAUUCUGAAGUUACAUUUUUAAAAGAGCAAGUCUCUAGCCCUGCUAGAAAGUAAGUUCCGAAGGAAAAUAUGAAGGUUUCUUUCUAAGCAACUUCUGUGUGAUGAAACAGAUUGGCUGCUCCUGCCUGCCUGUUUUUUCUAUAGCCAAUAAGUGAAGUCAGAGUUGUGCUUGGCAAGUGAGCUCUUUGGACACAAGGCUGCAGUAAUUGCUGGGGUCCUAAAGAGCUGCUGUUUCCCCCUCCCCUUUAGUGCACUUAUCUUACUUCUGCCUCAUUUUUUAGGUCCAUAUAAUUUUUGUUGUUUGCCUUUCCUCUAGCAACCGGGAUGCAUCAUUCCAGGGGUGGGCUCAUUUGAGAUGCCACAGAAGUUACUCUCUCUGGAUACUACUGCAUAGUAAAUGUGUAUGGAUGUUAAAUAACCCCGCACCAAAAAAAGGCAAAUGAAAAAUGUGAAAACUUUGCAAAGAGGCUUAGGCUCAGGCACUCAUUAAGAAUUCACUGUAUAGUUAACUUAGAGUGCAAUGGUACUACUCAGAAGUAAAUCUCUUUGUGUUUAAUGGGGUUUACUUCCAGGUAUGCAGGUACAGGUAUGUGAGCACCUGGCUAUUGGCCACUUGCGACCUGGUGAAGAUGCCUGGGUGCCAGAAUGGUGCCUGACGUCUCCACCAUCUGGAGUUGCGUGCCUGGGGAUCCUUGGAUCUUGGCUGUUUUCACACACUAGCAACACCAUCUUGUAGAAUUCUAUCCAUUUUAUUUUAUCUGCACAAUCAGAAUGAACGAUUCUGGCCCCCAAAUGGCAACUAGGCAUUCCGUUUUAGCGACUGUAAACCUGGUGCCUAGCUUAUAUAUCUGAGUUUCUAACACUGGGCAGUUGGCCGUGACCAGGGAUACUGUGCCACAGGUGGUUCAGAGCUGGAAGCAGAAGGGCUGUAACUCUGGGACAGAGCACCUGCCUUGCAUGUAGAAGUUCCCAGGUUCAAUCCCUGGCAGCUUCUCCAAGGAGGGCUGGGAAAGGCUUCCUGCCUGAAAUUCUGGCAAGCUGCUGCUAGUUUUGUGGACAGUGCUGGGCUAGAUUCACCAAUGAUCUGACUCUGUAUAAAGCAACUUUAUAGAUUCUUUGUAGCCCACAGCCUCCACCGACACCACCGAAAUGACCUCGGCACAAAAAUAUAAACAAGAUCCUUUCACCACAGAGAUUUAUUUAAGAUCACAUGCAUUUUUGGAUAAGAUAGGAGGAGUUCCAAGGAACAAUGCUAUAAUAGUUCAACGAGAAGGAUUUCCCACUGGAGUUAAUCAGAUGAAGUACGUUUCUAAAAUACAUGGAAUCAUCAGAGAUCCUCCUUCCCAAGGACAAAAGAAAAGAGAAGAUGCUUCCUUUGCUUGUAAUACUCUUGGUAUCAAUUUAAAAUCUUGCCAGGUGGAGGGAUGAAGAAACAAGAUCAGUAUUGCAAAGAAACCAGUGUCCCCUUUGGAGCUUGUCCUCCAAUAAUCCAGUAAUCAAUCUGUCACUGUUUCAUACAUUUGCAAAGUGUUGCAUGCUGAUAGCCUCAAUUUAUAUGGGCCUCAUUCUUCAGAAUUAUGACGCCAUUUCCCAAAUAGGGUAGCAGCUUUAAUUGUUACAAAAUGAAGGCUAGCAGUAAAUUCAGGUUGAGAGACGCGAGUCUCCUUUUGACAAGGGUAGGUAACCCUGUGGCUCUCUGGACAUUGCCGGACUACAACUCCCAUCAUCCCUGAUCACUGACUGUGCUGGCUGGGGCAGAUGGAAGUUAAAGUCCCGCAACAGCUGCUGGGCCACAGAUGUUUCCCUCAUCUGAGGUUUACGGAUGAUGCGCGGAGUGGGGAAGCAGAUUAUGGUUACAAGAACAUAAAAGUUGCUUAAAAUACUUAUUCGAAACAGCCAUUUCCCUGUACUAGAAAAGCCAUUAGGAUUAAAAGAGGAGAGUCUCGUUUAUAUAUUGCACGGUGCAGAAAAUCAGAAAUUUGUUCAUACAGUUCUGGAAGUGCGGAAAGCGGACGUGGCGUUGGUUAGGGUGACAAGAACCACCCAGCAUCGGAGCCAGCCACGGGGGUAAAUGCACAUCAAGAGUUUAUCCAGCGCAUCAUGCCGUUGGCCUGCAGGAUUAUUGUUAUUUUGCUUCAGGAACGCCGGGAGUUGUUUACGGGAAGCCUGUCGGGAAGAGGCUCAGUGGCUGGCUCUCGUUGGUUGGGAGAGGCGACCGGUAUCCGUCGAAGGUGCGUGGAAUGCUUCCGCUGGUGGAGCCCGAGCUAUUGCUGAGCGUCUCGAUGCUUCCUUCUCGCUGUAGCUCUGUAGUGGGGAGAGAAAAGGUGGCACCACUCUGGUCAGUGCUUCAGGUAAAAAGAGAGAGGACAGACAUUAGAAGGCCAUGGAGGGGCUUACGAGGGUGUGUGUAACUAUAUGGUUGGGCUUGGUUUACAUUCACCCGUCUGGGGUACAAGGUAGGUUUGUAUGUGGUGUGUCCCCUCCCCCAUUUUUGGAGAUAUGAAUAACUUCAAACACUCCCCCUCCCCAGCCACCUCCCAUGGCCAGUCCAGGUUUAUUUGUACAUUUGUUACAUUUAUAUUCCUCCAAGGAGUUGAAGUGUGCAUGGUUCUCCCUUCUCUGUUUUAUUCCUACAAAAGCUGAAGAGGCCAGAGACCAUCUUGGCUGUGAGUCCUGGGAGAUCUGCUCCCUUCCUUGCAGGCUUUUCCCACCUGGCGAGGGAGGGUGGGGCCUGAACUGACUCCAACUACAAAAGGUGAGGUUGCUGAACAGACUCUUAGGCCAGGGUGUUUGGGUUUCUUUGUUGAGCACUGCUGGCUUUUUUGUAUUUUUAUUUUAGAUUUUGUUGUGAUUUAUGUGGGAAUUGUUCAGUUUGGUUUUGUAUUUUUUAAUGAUUCAUUUAUCGAUUUUGACUACUUUUGCCAUGUUGUGGUUAUGUAUUUGUUUCAUGUUGUAAGCCGCCUUGAGCAUGGUUUGAACUGUGGAAGGCAGCGUACAGAUAAAAUUACGCAUGCGUGUAUGUAUAUCCUUAUUCUCCCAUGAGUUCAGGGAUUGCAAAACUGCAGUGUAGCUCUGCAAUGAGUAGCAUAUUCCACACUAAUGCUGGUCUUAUCCUGUCUGAUUUGGCUCCUUUUAUCUCCCCCUCGCACACAGCUGGCUCUGGUUAAACAUCUCGCGUCACUCCACGGGUCGCCGUCAGCAGGGAGACGGAAUGUGGGCAACAGCUCCGCCCAAACAUUGCUUUUUUGGCUUCUGAACUCCUUACAAGGUUCCCUGUCUCUUCCUUUAAAGAAAAAAAAAAAAAAACCCCAACAACCUAGUAUUGAUUUUCAUGCCAAUGUUGCAUGUCUUUUUUUCUUUUUUAACAGAAAGAAGGAAAAAGCAAGGUUGGGAACAGGGAAGCAUAUGUUAAUAUUUGCUGAAUCCUGCUUGUCUGUGAAGAUGGAUGAGUGACCUGCUUGCCAAAGCAGAGAGAAGCUCUUUGGGGUGAGGAAGAGGUGACCUGAGGGGCAGCAGAAGCUGGUCCAUUAGGGCAAAUGGGGCAGUGCCUGCCCUCAGCCAGCCCCUUCUUCCUGCCUUCUUUCUUACAACCAGCCCAGGGGAUGGCACUGGCUGAAACUUCCCUUAGUCUUGGUUUUGCCCUUCUAUGGUGGAGGAUGGGGACAAAGCUAUAUCCAGUUGGCUCCGCCUGCCAUCAGCACUUGCUUCCCCCAUCUCUGGCUCCACCUACUGUUGGCCUCCCAGUCUCCUGCCUUACCAGUCCUAAAGGGCACCAGCUGCCACUGCUGAAGGGCAGAAAUGUUAGGAUACAUUUCAGGGGAUGAAGCAGUAGCUCAGUAGCAGAGUUUCAGCCCCCUUCCUUAAGAUGACACAUGGAAAGCCCCAAGUUCAUCCCUGGCGUUUCCAGGUUGGGCUCAGAAAGGCUCUGGUCUGAAACCACAGAGGUCAUAGAAUUAGAUGAGGACAACUGGUCUAACCCACUCAUGGCAAGAACCUUGCAAUGACAGCCUGCCUGCAGGGUAGCCCUUCAACUGUUGCUUCGUCCCUCCAGAGGACAGUGUGCCACCUCCUGAGGCAGCUUGCUUCGCUGUCAAACUGCUUUCAUUGGUAGGAAGUUUCUCCUAAUGCACGGAUAGUGUUGGACUAUAAGUCCCAUGAGUCUCAGCCAGCAUGGUAAUUGGAAAGGGAUGAUGGGAACCGUGGUCUGAAUAUUUAUCCAAAGACUGCUUCUCUGCCAUUUCCAGUCAUAACUUCUAGUCUUGCCCUCUGGGGCAAGAAAGAGCCAUUUUUCUCCAUCUGCUGUGUGGCAGACCCUCUGAUACUUGGAGCCUGCUGUUGUGUUUUCCCUUGUCCUUCUCUACGCCAUGCUAAAUAGGUCCCCCUCUUCCAACCAUUUUUCUUCUUGGUUUUGAGACCCCCCUCAUUCUCCUGGUCCCUCCUCCUUUGAGCACACUCACCAGUGCCCAGAAUGAGCAUGGGACUCCUGAUCCACCCACCCCAGCACUGAAGGUGCCAACAGUGCCCCACCUACAUGUCAGGGCUAGAGCACCUGUAACCCCCCCCUCCAGACAUUGUUGGACAUUGAUUCCCACUGGCCCUAGACAGCAUGGCCAAUGGUCAGGCUCUCACAGGAUGUUGUGAUGGCCACCAACUUGGAUAGCUUUGAAAAACUGGGUGAGACAAAUUCAUGGUGGAUAAGACUAUCAGUGUCUGCUAGCCAUUAUGGCUGUAUAUUACCUCCAGUGUCAGAGGCGAUAUCGGUUGCUGGGAAUCACAAGGGGGAGGGUUGCUAUUGCGUUCCAGUUCUGCUUGAGGGCUUCCCAUUGGGGCACUUGGUUGGCCAUUGUGAGAACAGGAUGGUGGACUAGAUGGGCCUUUGGCCUGAUCCAGCUGCAGGCUAAGUUCCAAUGAUGGGAGCUGUAGUCCAGCAACAUCUGGGGGGCAGCAGGUUCCCCGCCAGUAAUCCAGGAAGCUCACAAGUUGUGAUAGCCACCACCUGCUGGGAACCCUCAGAAGCAGCUUCCCAUCUUUCUGCCCUCCUUAUUCCAGCAUUGUGUGUCAGGCAGCCUCUUGCGUUGAGGAUCCCUCCACUUUUGCCCUGGCUAAGUACCCUUUGCCUUUCCUGUUCAACAGCUGGUGCGCAUGCCUCUCCAUCAACCUCUUUUGACCUGUUUCCUCCCACAGUUCUGUAGAUGACAAGCUUAAUUCCCCGCCCCCAGUAAGUAUUUUUGGCACAGGCAGAUCAAUACCAAGAGCUCUUAGUAACUGCCACGGGACACCCAACCAAAGCAAGAAAGCGUGAAAAAGAGACAUUUAAAGAGAGAGAGAGAGAGAACAACCAUCCCACCUCCACUUUCAAGGUGAGAAUGAUUGUGAACCGCAGCACCAGCGCAGUGGAAGCCUCAUCACCCCAAGAGCAGCCAGUUAAGCAGUCGGCGCAGCAGAAGUCUGACAUGCUUGAAACUCAGUUGAACCAAAUAUUGGGGGGAAACACAAGGGACAGUCAAGGAGGCAGGAAGUUAAAUAUUAUGAGCAGGUGGUUAAGGAAAGCCAAGCGCAAAUAUAUAUGGGUGAAGAGUUCCCGCAAGAAAUUUUUUCCAGUCAAAAUUCAUUGCACCAACUCUAAAUUCUCACCAGGUGAAAUCAGCUGACAAAUCACGAUGGACUGUCCUAUGGCAUAAUGAGAUGGGAAUGAGGCAGUAGAGUCUCAGGGCAGCAGACUGGACUGUACCACUUUUGACUGGCAGGUGGGAGAAUCAUGUUUGCUAGUAACAGCAGCACAUCUGCUGCUAUGAUAGGCAGGGUGAGUUUGGGUGGUGGUGGUGGUACAAAGACCCUCCAGGGAUUGGGGUUGGUCUAGGACCAGGGAGGUGCAGGUUGAGCUCCUCAGUCAGCCAUGAACCUCACUGGCUGACGUGAAGUUAAUCACCGUCUUUCUCAGCCUAGCUACAGAUUCUUGAAUCUGUUCUCACAGGAUGGCUUUGAAAGGAUAUUAAGAGAAGGGUGGAAGAGAAGGCUGUUGAUGAGACAUCAUCAUGAGAGGUCUGCUAUAGAGGGGCUGCUUUCCCUCCUGGGGAACAUUCUGGGGGCCGCUUGCCAGUAAUUGGUGGGGCCUGAGGCAAAAGUGGCUGGAUCCGUAACUGACACACUUAUUUUUCACAGCAGGCUACAUUCCAAGCCAUGCUAAAGCCAGAGGUUUUACAUCCUACCGUGCUGUCCUCCUUUAAAGAACAGGAGAGACCAGUGCCAAUCACCAUGCGCCUAUCACCUGCCUUACAUGUGCAGUAGCUUCAUUGUAGCCCUGAACAUAUCCCAAAAGUUGGACUACCAGAAGCCCGUAGGACCCUCAGAACCAGAAAGAGACGGGGAAGGAGAGAGCAAGCGGUUGAAGAGAUUGGGAACAUCCACCUGGAGUCGUUCUAGGCACAGUGGAACUUGCCUGCGUCGCCUCUCUGGAAAUUAUUGAAGUGGGAUGGCAAUACUUACCUUACUUUGACGGGCAUCUUUUGACUUCGUGGAUGGAAGAGAGCACUGGAUGUGGCUGGAUGUUUGCGUUUUUGUUUUAAAAAACAGGAAUUACCUUCUCAACCUUACAGGUGGUCCUGCUACAUUUGGGCUGAGGUGUUUGGGAGUGGUUGCGUUUGGAUGCGGCGAUAGUUGCAGUGCCUGUUCUGUGGAUAAACAGAGUGCUGUGUUCAUUUGGAGGGGGGACUAUGACAUUUUUUCUAAAGAAACCCCAAAGCAGUAAAGAUGUUUAGAGAAGGUGAAAUUUGCUGCAAGUUUGGAGAUUUGGUUAUUUGUCAUUAAGGAGUGGGACUUGGAGUACUGAGUUUGGUCUGUGAUAAAUAAAUAUUUGCAGCCCUAAUAAGAGCUGGUGUGGUAUAGCGGUGUGUCAGACUAGUCCAGGGGUGACCAACCUUUUUGGAUUACUGGGCACAUUUUGAAUUUUGAGGGAGCGCUGAGGAUGCCGCUCACAAAAUGGUUGCCACAGAGAGCAUGGCAUAACACAAAAUUGGAGAGACAACAAUCCCUGACAACCUUAUGCUUAUCAUGGAAAGUCAGUUAUGCUUGUUGGUCCUGAUUAUAGAGUUGUACACACAAGUGCAGUUGCUGUCAAAUAACAGGGAGCAUUCCUCAGUGCCAGGGGAAAUGUACAAGGUACACAAUUCUCAUUGUACAAAAAUUGCUUAACUUUUUAAAAACGAAAGCUCAGAGUCUGGGGCAUCUGGGUUGGUGAUCUCUGGGUUGGUGACCCAGCCUACAGAGACUGGUGUUCAAAUCCUCACUCAACUUUUGGAGCUCCCUGGGCGACAUUGGGCUAGUCACUGUCUCUCAGUUUGAUCUACCUACAGGGUUGUUGUAAGGAUAAAAUGGGGAGUGGGGGAGCACCAGGUAUACCAGCUUGAAUAAGCACCUUAGAAGAAAGAUGGGCUACAACAGCAGCAGCAGCAACAACAACAACAGCAACAUUAAUAUUUUAGGCAUUUAUAUCCCCCUUUCAAAGCACUUCAUCUAGGCUGGGGUGGGGAAGCUUUUUCAGCCUGAAGGUCACAUUCCUUUCUGGGCAGCUACCCAGAGUUCCCAUGCCAUUGGUGGAUGGGGUCAGGUGCAAAAUUGGGUGGAGCGAUGAGUAAAUUUUACAGUGGGUUAGUUUCUGCGCAUGCUCCUCUCUCUCGACCCUCCACCCAGGCAAGCAAGAGGCAUUAAUAGAGUUAAAAUACACAUCUCAGCCAGGCAAAGAAGCACAGAGAGGGUGCAGGAGGGCUAGUGAGGGAUGUGGCUUGCAGAGAUGGUGUGGGGUAUGGCGAGAGUCUCGAGGGCCAGACAGAAAGGCUUGGAGGACCAUGUUUGGUUGGUGGUGUUGAGGGGACCAGGGUGGGGAAGAUUGGUAGAAAAUGCCUUGUUAGCUGGAAGAAGGUAGAAAAUACCUAGUUAGUCUGAGAUGGUAUAAGGGCCAGGGAUGAGGGACCUGUGGCUCUCCAGAUGUUCUCAGGCUCCAUUCUCAAUUGCCAGCAGUCAGGGAUUAUCAUUAUUUUACCAAUUUAUAUGAUGACAGUUGCAGUCCAGCAAAAUCCGUAGGGCCAGAAGUUCUGCAUCCCUGUACUAAGCCAACCCCUGUGUCCUUGCAUUAGUCUUCCUGGGUAAGUGGAGAAAGAACCUUAAAUUGGCGGCUGGGACAGAGUCUGAGAACAGCUGGAUAUAACCAAUUUUCAUUCGCCUUUGCUUUUAGGAUCUUCUUGGAACAUGGAGUUGCCAUCAGUCAUUAUCUUUUGUCUGACUGAGACCCAGAAGCCAUCAAAGGACUCAACGGAAAUCUUAAAAGGAAAGAAGGCCCCGGCUGGCUUUGCUUAAACCUGAAACCAUUUUUAUACGGGACAUUAAUCCGGGGCCUGCUCAGAAACUCUAUGUAGUCCUCCGUUGCCUGGAACACUCAUAAAUUGUUCUGCCUCUCCCCACUUUCUCUCUCCCCCCUUUCUGUCUUUCUCUCUUUCUUUCUCUCUCAACUGUGGAAUCUGCUCUCUGGUGUAUUAGCCCUCCUAAUGGUUUUUCCUUUCCCCGACAGAAGGAAUUGCUGAGCAGAAGAUUCAAGAAAUAUCCUACUUGGGAAUGAAGAGGGAGGAUACUGGGGGACGGGGAGAAAGGGACUUGCUCCAAAAGCUGUUCUGUCCCUCUUUGUGCCACCCGCCCUACCAGGGUUGCACCAUUUCCUGCAGAGGCGCAGGGUGGACGAAAUGAUACAAUGACAGUCGGGGCCGAUGUGUUGGCGGCGGGGGAAGCAGAGCGGCGGCAGGCACAACUUCGGAUCCCAGGAUUCUCCUUCCUCCUCUCCACCUGUCACGACGCAUUAGGCUCAAGCGUGCCCGGCUUGCUGAAGGAGUGACCCCAGACUGAAUGGGAGAGCGCUGGUGGAAAGAACUAAUUGUAGCCUCGUUUUCACACGUCAGUCACUUUUCACAGCGCUGGGCUUUCUGAAGCUCAACUAAUGUUCCUCCCCCCCUUCAAAUCCCUGUGCUGAAUUACGCUGAGAUGCACCCUGACGAUGGCGUUUCUAAAAGGAACAAGACCUCCAAUGGUGGCAGGAGUGGGGACAAUGGGAAGUGGCGCCUGCUGGCCUGGUGAGCUUAUCCACCCGUCCACCCUGCUCUUCCUAGAAGUUCAGGCACCGUUCAGGUCAUUCAUUCGAGUCACAUACUGCCCUGUGCACAAGCCUUAGGGUGGCUUAUGACUAAAUCAGAUAAGAUUAAAAGAAUACAUGUGUGAACCCCCACACCCUUAAAUUAACAACACAACUCAUAACAAGCCACCAAACUGCAAUUUACUCAUCUAACUAAGCCAUUUGUCCAAUUAGGUUUCCUGCAAAUUCUAGCUGGAAAGUGUGUCUUAACCAGUCACCUUAAACUAUGAAGAGGUGGGGCCAGGCAUACCUCAGUAGGGAGUGAGUUUCACAGGCAAGGAACCACCACUGAAAAGUCCCUUCCUUGGCACCUUAAACCAUGCUUACUUGAGUAUAAGGACAGCCAAGAGGGCCUCAUCUCUCAACACACUGGCAGGUUGAUACGAGAUUAUGGGAGGAAAGGUUCAGGGGAAUCUUUAAGGAAAUCCAUAACUCCCUGAUUUCUGCCCCUCCCUGUGAUUUUAGACAAAUUAUGUCCCUCCUAUAGCCUUCUAAAACAUUAAUUGAGGAAGCCAAGGCACCAUCUGACUCCACUCUUACUCAGAUACUCAGCUCAGGGUAGAGUGAAUUGAUUCAUCCUCACAGCAGCCCUAUAAACAGAAUACUUUGUUAAGCCCAUCCACAAAGACUAGAAACUUUAGUUUUUCUCUCCUGAAACAGAAUAAAGUGGUACCUUGGCUUAAGAACAGCUUAGUUUAUGAACAACUUGGAUUAAGAACACUGCAAACCCGGAAGUAGGUGUUUUGGUUUGUGAACUUUGCCUUGGAAGCAGAACAUGUUUCGCUUCCUGUUGAGUGUGUUCCAUUUGUAAAUUGAGUCUCCUGCUGCUUUGGGAAAGCACGCCUUGGUUUAAGAACGCUUUAAGAAUGGACUUCCGGAACGGAUUAAGUUCGUAAACCAAGGUACUACUGUAGAUGAGACUCUCACAGAACACCAAAGGCUGCACCCAAUGUCAAAUCCUUCAUUGGUUUGUGUGGGAACGAUCACAUAAUUAUGGGAUGCACAAAAGCCCGCAUGAAUACUGAAGCAAGGAGCAGGUUUGUCACCAAAUUUUGGCUGACUUAUCUCAGAUACAACAUUUAAAAAACAUUUUGCACACCACUGAGUAUCAAUGCUCCGUUAAGAUAAAUGAGCCAUGUAUGGAGAAGCAAGGAAACCAUACAGUUUGACAGAUACCCAAAUAGACCACAACAGGGAUUUCAGAUGAGAGAGUUUUCCACCCAACCCCCUUCCUUUGACAAAAAUAGAUUUAGUUCAGGAUUUAUUUAUUUUUUAAAGGCUUUUGUGGUUUUCCCCCCCUUUUUGUUAACAGAGCACUGAUGAUUUGGUCUGUCAAAGCUUUAGUCUUCAGCCCUUUGGAACUUCUCCAAGUUUGACUCGGCACAAUUUCUGGAAGGUUAAAAGUACACUAGAUAAAGGAGCAAGUGUUUUAGAGAAACAAUUCCCUCCACAAUAG